AGGGUACUGUCCUCAUAGUUAACUUGCAUUCCAUGCUGUUGAACAAGAUACUUCAUACCGUUGGUAGGCUCCUAGAUGUUAUUGCAUAUGACUAUGCCCACGUUCAGAUGGUAAACAUGCUAAUGCAGGAUCUGCUCAGAUAGAUCAGCUCUUCUAUUGAUAACCUGGUUAUGGAUAGAAUCCCCUUCUAUCUGUUCCCUCUUGACAAUCCUACAGUCAGCCACUGUAGGGACGGUACAGCUCCUACAAGUGCACCUAGCUUACAGUUUAGGCAGUGCAAUUCAAAUCCAUGCCGACCCAAAGGUGAGGGAGAUCGGUUUUCUUAUGAUUGAUAACAAGAAUAUCUACAGGCUCAAGUCUGUCCUCAACGUAUGUUUUUGGCAAAAUGAUAUACAUGUAAAGUUCCACAGCCCUCCUAUGGUUGCUUACCUAGAGAGUAAUCCUGACUUGUAUGUGACCCCAAACCUGCCUAUAUGUAGCCCCACGAAAGAUGUUCACUACCUGUGUCCCGGUAAACCCUUAAUCCGAGACAAUGCAGAACGUCUUUGCGGCAUUAAGCCAUUAUCUGAGGAUGAACGUUGUCAAGCUGCGGCAUCCGUUAAGGAUGACGUAACUGUCACAUGGAUUGAGAUAGCCUGCGACUUGUGGCUUGUUAGUACCCCUGCCGAUCACGUCAUAGUCACCUAUGACAGCGAUGACACUGUUACUAAACUGCCACUCCUAAAUCAAACUUUUUUCAUUAGUUCCAGAGGGAGCUAUAGUACAACUGGCGGAUGUCGCAUUGUACCACUUAGACUCAGAUAGACAUGAUACCGCCGUUGAAAUUCAUGAUGCUUUUGCUGGACUGUCAUGCCCUGACAUUGAGAGUUGGGUUGGUCAGGUGGGAAAUCUAGUUUAUAUAUUUCUAUGUUGGCCGGGUGUGGUUCCCAAUCAGAGGCAGCUGUUGGUCGUUGUCUCUGAUUGGGAUCAUACUUAGGCAGCCAUGUUGCCUACCUUAGUUGUGGGAUCUUGUUUCUGUUUGGCGUGUUUGAUGUUUAGUCUCUUGAACUUCCCGUUCUGUUGGAUUUUUUUUAUUUGGUCAGUGUUAUUAAAAUAAACGACUAUGUACGCAUACCACGCUGCACCUUGGUCCGAUCCUUUACACAACGGACGUGACAGAAGAUCCCACCACCAACGGACCAAGCAGCGUGGCCAGGAGGUGCAGACAUGCUGGACACAGGUGGGGAAAACAUUCUGGACAUGGGAGGAGAUAUUGGCCGGUAAGAGACCCUGGGCGAAGGAAGAAGCCCAGGCAGAAGAGAAAAAACGGCGACUCAAAAGGCCCCGAUCGCAAGAAAGCCAUAGAGGCAGCCCCAAGAAAACACGGGGUGGUUGGCGGAGCAGCAGGAGGCCCUGGAAGGGCUGAUUGUGGAGAGGGAGAUAGCGAUAGAAGAAGCCGCUAUGAUAGAUGCCCUCCAAGACCUGCAGCUCAGUACUCUGAGAGAGGAGACCACCGCCUUAUGGGAGCUGUUAGUUAAGAGGGAGCAGGAGCUCUCCCUUCAGAAGGAGGCGCUGCAGGAGGCCCACAGGGAGAAGGAGUCAGUGGAUGCACGGAGAGAGGAGCUGGCCAGGCAACAGGAGGAGCUGAGAGAGGAGUUAAACCUCCAACAGCAGAGAGCUCGGUCCUUAGAGCAGAGGCUUGCGGAGCCAGGUUUAGCAGAGCCAACUCCCCGCACUCGCUUUGAGGAGCGUGUGACCGUGCAGGCACCAGGCUAUGCACCGGCUUUAAGCACUGUGCCGCCAGUGCGCCUUCACAGACCGGUACGGGCCGUGCCUGCUCCUCGCACCAAACCAGUGGUGCGUGUCUCCAGCCCGGUGCGCCCCAUACCUGCUCCUCGCACCAAUCCAGUGGUGCGUGUCUCCAGCCUGGUAAGGCCCGUACCUGCUCCUCGCACUAAUCCAGUAGUGCGUGUCCCAGCCUGGUAAGGCCUGUACCUGCUCCUCGUACCAAACCAGUGGUGCGUGUCUCCAGUCCGGUACGGCCCGUACCUGCUCCUCGCAUCAAACCAGUGGUGCGUGUCUCCAGCCCGGUGCGCCCCGUACCUGCUCCUCGCACCAAACCAGUGGUGCGUGUCUCCACUCAACUUAUGAUAGCCAGAGGAAUAACCACUUUUAUUAUUUUUUUUUUUUUUAUGUGGAGUUAGGGGAGGGGGGGGGGGGGGUAGAAGGAUUACUUUAUACUAUUCCAGGUAUUCCUUAAAGAGGUAGGGUUUCAAGUGUCUCCGGAAGGUGGUCAGUGACUCCGCUGUCCUGGUGUCGUGGGGGAGCUUGUUCCACCAUUGGGGUGCCAGAGCAGCAAAUAGCUUUGACUGGGCUGAGCGGGAACUGUGCUUCCGUAGAGGUAGGGGAGCUAGCAGGCCAGAGGUGGAUGAACGUAGUGCCCUCGUUUGGGUGUAGGGUCUGAUCAGAGCCUGAAGGUAAGGAGGUGCCGUUCCCCUCACAGCUCCGUAGGCAAGCACCAUGGUCUUGUAAUAGAUGCGAGCCUCAACUGGAAGCCAGUGGAGUGUGCGGAGGAGCGGGGUGACAUGAGAGAACUUGGGAAGGUCGAACACCAGACGGGCUGCAGCGUUCUGGAUAAGUUGUAGGGGUUUAAUGGCACAGGCAGGGAGCCCAGCCAACAGCGAGUUACAGUAAUCCAGACGGGAGAUGACAAGUGCCUGGAUUAGGACCUGUGCCACUUUCUGUGUAAGGUAGGGUCGUACUCUGCGAAUGUUGUAGAGCAUGAACCUGCAGGAUCGGGUCACCGCUUUGAUGUUAGCGGAGAACGACAGGGUGUUGUCCAGGGUCACGCCAACGUUCUUUGCACUCUGGGAGGAGGACACAAUGGAGUUGUCAACUGUGAUGGCGAGAUCAUGGAGCGGGCAGUCCUUCCCCGGGAGGAAGAGCAGCUCCGUCUUGCCGAGGUUCAGCUUGAGGUGGUGAUCCGACAUCCACACUGAUAUGUCUGCCAGACAUGCAGAGAUGCGAUUCGCCACCUGGUUAUCAGAAGGGGGAAAGGAGAAAAUUAUUUGUGUGUCGUCUGCGUAGCAAUGAUAGGAGAGACCAUGUGAGGAUAUGACAGAGUCAAGUGACUUGGUGUAUAGAGAGAAUAGGAGAGGGCCUAGAACUGAGCCCUGGGGGACACCAGUGGUGAGAGCACGUGGAGCGGAGACAGAUUCUCGCCACGCCAACUGGUAGGAGCGACCUGUCAGGUAGGACGCAAUCCAAGAGUGAGCAGCGCCGGAGAUGCCCAACUCGGAGAGGGUGGAGAGGAGGAUCUGAUGGUUCACAGUAUCAAAGGCAGCGGAUAGGUCUAGAAGGAUAAGAGCAGAGGAGAGAGAGUUAGCUUUAGCAGUGCGGAGAGCCUCCGUGACACAGAGAAGAGCAGUCUCAGUUGAAUGACCAGUCUUGAAACCUGACUGGUUUGGAUAAAGAAGGUAAUUCUGAGAGAGAUAGCAGGAGAGUUGGCUAGAGACGGCACGCUCAAGAGUUUUGGAGAAAGUUCCUUUCCUGAGGAUGGCUCACCCCUCACAGUUCUGGGUGACUUUAACCUCCCUACGUCUACCUUUGACUCAUUUCUCUCUGCCUCCUUCUUUCCACUCCUCUCCUCUUUUGACCUCACCCUUUCACCGUCCCCCUCUACUCACAAGCAGGCAAUACGCUUGACCUCAUCUUUACUAGAUGCUGUUCUUCUACUAAUCUCACUGCAACUCCCCUCCAUGUCUCCGACCACUACAUUGUGUCCUUUUCUCUCUCGCUCUCCUCCAACACUACUCACUCUGCCCCUACUCAGAUGGUAAUGCGCCGUCGCAACCUUCGCUCUCUCUCUCCCGCUACUCUCUCCUCUUCCAUCCUAUCAUCUCUUCCCUCUGCUCAAUCCUUCUCCCUCCAAUCUCCUGAUUCUGCCUCCUCAACCCUCCUCUCCUCCCUUUCUGCAUCCUUUGACUCUCUAUGUCCCCUAUCCUCCCGGCCGGCUCGGUCCUCCACUCCUGCUCCGUGGCUUGACGACUCAUUGCGAGCUCACAGAACAGGGCUCUGUGCAGCCGAGCGGAAAUGGAGGACAACUAGACUCCCUGCGGACCUGGCAUCUUUUCACUCCCUCCUCUCUACAUUUUAUUCCUCUGUUUCUGCUGCUAAAGCCACUUUCUACCACUCUAAAUUCCAAGCAUCUGCCUCUAACCCUAGGAAGCUCUUUGCCACCUCCUCCCUGCUGAAUCCUCCUCCCCCCGCCCCCCCCCUCCUCCCUUUCUGUGGAUGACUUCGUCAAUCAUUUUGAAAAGAAGGUUGACGACAUCCGAUCCUCGUUUGUUAAGUCAAAUGACACUGCUGGUCCUGCUCACACUGCCCUACCUUAUGCUUUGACUUCUUUCUCCCCUCUCUCUCCAGAUGAAAUCUUGCGACUUGUGACGGACGGCCGCCCAACAACCUGCCCACUUGACCCUAUCCCCUCCUCUCUUCUCCAGACCAUCUCCGGUGACCUUCUCCCUUACCUCACCUCGCUCAUCAACUCAUCGUUGACCGCUGGCUAUGUCCCUUCCGUCUUCAAGAGAGCAAGAGUUGCACCCCUUCUCAAAAAACCUAAACUCGAUCCCUCCGAUGUCAACUACAGACCAGUAUCCCUUCUUUCUUUUCUCUCCAAAACUCUUGAGCGUGCCGUCUUUAGCCAACUCUCUUGCUAUCUCUCUCAGAAUUACCUUCUUGAUCCAAACCAGUCAGGUUUCAAGACUGGUCAUUCAACUGAGACUGCUCUUCUCUGUGUCACAGAGGCUCUCCGCACUGCUAAAGCUAACUCUCUCUCCUCUGCUCUUGUCCUUCUAGACCUGUCUGCUGCCUUUGAUACUGUGAACCAUCUGAUCCUCCUCUCCACCCUCUCCGAGUUGGGCAUCUCCGGCGCGGCUCACUCUUGGAUUGCGUCCUACCUGACAGGUCGCUCCUAACAAGUGGCGUGGCGAGAAUCUGUCUCCGCACCACGUGCUCUCACCACUGGUGUCCCCCAGGACUCAGUUCUAGGCCCUCUCCUAUUCUCGCUAUAAACCAAGUCAUUUGGCUCUGUCAUAUCCUCACAUGGACUCUCCUAUCAUUGCUACGCAGACGACACACAACUAAUCUUCUCGUUUCCCCCUUCUGAUAACCAGGUGGCGAAUCGCAUCUCUGCAUGUCUGGCAGACAUAUCAGUGUGGAUGACGGAUCACCACCUCAAGCUGAAACUCGGCAAGACGGAGCUGCUCUUCCUCCCGGGGAAGGACUGCCCGUUCCAUGAUCUUGCCAUCACGGUUGACAACUCCGUUGUGUCCUCCUCCCAGAGUGCGAAGACCCUUGGCGUGACCCUGGACAACACCCUGUCGUUCUCCGCUAACAUCAAGGCGGUGACCCAAUCCUGUAGGUUCAUGCUCUACAACAUUCGGAGAGUACGACCCUGCCUUACACAGGAAGCGGAACAGGUCCUAAUCCAGGCACUUGUCAUCUCCCAUCUGGAUUACUGCAACUCGCUGUUGGCUGGGCUCCCUGCCUGUGCCAUUAAACCCCUACAACUCAUCCAGAAUGCUGCAGCCCGUCUGGUGUUCAACCUUCCCAAGUUCUCUCACGUCACCCCGCUCCUCCGCACACUCCACUGGCUUCCAGUUGAAGCUCGCAUCUGCUACAAGACCACGGUGCUUGCCUACGGAGCUGUGAGGGGAACGGCACCUCCUUACCUUCAGGCUCUGAUCAGUCCCUACACCCAGUAAACUCAUGGCCUAAAACCUAAACCCCAAACAUCAAGCAAUGCAGAUGUAGAAGCACGGUGGCUAGGAAAAACUCCCUAGAAAGGCAGAAACCUAGGAAAAAACCUAGAGAGGAACCAGGCUCUGAGGGUGGUCAGUCCCCUUCUGGCUGUGCCGGGUGGAGAUUAUAACAGUACAUGGCCAUUAAGGCCAGAUUUUUCUCCAAGAUAUUCAAACCUUCGUAGAUGACCAGCAGGGUCAAAUAAUAAUCACAGUGGUUGUAGAGGUUGCAACAGGUCCAGAAGGUGAGGUCAGUACAGGUGCAUCAAAGCUGGGACCGAGAGAAUGAAAAACAGCUUCUAUCUCAAGGCCAUCAGACUGUUAAAUAGCCAUCACUAGCACAUUAGAGGCUGCUGCUGCCUAUUGAAAUCACUGGCCAUUUUAAGAAAUCGAACACUAGUCACUUUAAUAAUGUUUACAUAUCUUGCAUUACUCAUCUCAUAUGUAUAUACUGUAUUCUAUAAUAUUCUACUGUAUCUUAGUCCAUGCCGAUCUGUCAUUGCUCAUCCAUAUAUGUAUAUAUUCUUAAUUCCAUUCCUUACUUAGAUUUGUGUGUAUUGGGUAUAUGUUGUGAAAUUGUUAGAUAUUACUUGUUAGAUAUUACUGCACUGUCGGAGAUAGAAGCACAAGCAUUUCGCUACACCCGCAAAAACAUCUGCUAAACACGUGUAUGUGACAAAUAAAAUUGUAUUUUAUUUGAACAGGUCAGUUCAUCAGGAGUAAAUGUAACUUGGCUUCUCAUAGAGGUUGAAAAAGCAGGUGCGGUAGAGAGAGAGAGAGUUGAAAACAGCAGGUCUGGGACAAGGUAGCACGUCCGGUGAACAGGUCAGGGUUCCAAAGCCGCAGGCAGAAGAGUGGAAACUGGAGCAGCUGCACGACCAGGUGGACUGGGGACAGCAAGGAGUCAUCAGGCCAGGAAGUCCUGAGGCAUGGUCCUAGUGCUCAGGUCCUCCGGGAGGGGAGGGAGAGAGGGAGAGAGAGAGAUAAUUAGAGGGAGCAUACUUAAAUUCACACAGGACACCGGAUAAGACAGGAGAAUAACACCAGAUAUAACAGACUGACCCUAGCUCCCCGGCACAUAGACUAUUGCAGCAUAGAUACUGGAGGCUGAGACAGGGGGGGGGUCGGGAGACACUGUGGCCCCGUCCGACGAUACCCCCGGACAGGGCCAACCAGCCAGGAUAUAACCAGGUAUGACUGAACCGUGAAACCUUCCGACUGAAGCCUUGCUCCCCUCAACCCCUAUCGAGGAUCCCAACAGGCCAGGGAGAGUAGGAUGUUGUGCUCUCUGUCCCAAGAUGUCAUGUAGGAUUCAACGGCUUGAGCCAUCGACCUACUGGCAAUCAUGGGGAAUUAAGGGAUUUCGCGCUGACGAAAGACCAGGCCAAUACGCAACGCAGACCGUACGCAAUACACAUCUACUCGCCCAUCGGCAUGACAACGGUAGAGAUGAAAAGAUGUGAUACAACACAGCCACUCUUUUCCCUCUUUCUCAACACACUCCGGAUUAAAAGAGGACACUCCAGAGGGCCAUUAAAUGGCAGAACAUCCACUUCAAACAUUCUAUCCAGGACAAGAUGGAACCAUAACAACAGGGACCCGCCAAAUGGCUCGCCCUGCUCUAAACGGACAGAAUCCAGACCAUUCAUAUGGAAUCAGGAGAAGAUUAUUGUUAACACCAAAAACCUUGCUUUUUGGGAGAAAUCAUUACAUAAGGUUCUAGGCAGGGAGACAAGAAGUGUACUGAUGUAUGCUAUGAUCAUUGUGUGCUGUAGAAAUGUUAAAUUAUAUUGUGUAUUCACCCAAUUGUGAAUUAAUUAUCUCUAUUUCAAGGAGAACAUGUAAUGUUUUGUAUCAUUACGUAGGGAACAUUAUGCCCUGAACAAUGACCCACCUUUCCUGGUUGUACAAAGGAUUUAUCCAUCAAUAACGGAAACAAUAUUAAAUUCCCUAAGGACAGGGACUCUUCUCCCUGGGGCUGGGUGCACCUCCGGCUAAGAGAGACCACGGAACGUUUCAGCCAAUCAGGCAAGGGGCCUCAGCACCUAGCCCCGCCCUCACUGUCCAUUCAAACUGAACCAUAAAAGCUUAGCACCAAUAAUAGCCCCGCCGAACGAAAUCCUUCUGCUCAGACUUCAGCGUAGUUGGUAACUGGAACGCUCCCUUGCUUAUUGACCCCCCCCCCCCCACCCCGAUCUCAAUGAGUGAAGGCCAAACACCAUUAUUGGAAUUUCAAUGAUUGUCCUCUGCUCUAGCUUCAAUCUUAGUGGGACAAGACACCAAUCCAGAACUGAUUGAACAAGGACUUUCUCCCUUUUUUGCAUAGAAAGGAAGUUUGGGAAUCUGACCAGAGAUUGAGCUACAAAUUCCACGUAUGCACAUUAAUUCAAUGUGGCCUCCUUUAAUCCCUACUUGGUGUGAGUGUGUAAAACUGUGUGUACCUCAAUACUGCUUAGGAUAUCUCUCGUAAAUUCCCUGCUUUGUCUCGUUUAGAACCAUCAUUAAAUAAUUGCUUGUCCUAUCCUUGUGAGUUAAAAUAAACCCUCCUCUCCUUUCCCACUUGCUAACUACUUCAUCAUUGCUUAUCAUUUUGCCAUAAUCUGUCACUCAUUCAUUUAUCCUGUGUAAUGUAGUAUUAUCUUGCUUUUAUAAUAAAUCUUAAUUUUAUAAAAUAGUAUCACUGUCGCUGAGAUUCAAACCCAUUGAAUAACAGAUUCACUACAUGGAACAACAGAUAGUCCCCCCAAAAAAUCUGAAGGAAGUUUGUUAUGAAGUGUCUGUCCAAAUCUCUCAGAUAUAGGACAGACACUUCAUAACAAACUUCCUUAUGAUUUUUUUUGGGACUAUCUGUUGUUCCAUGUAGUGAAUCGGUUAUUCAAUGGGUUUGAAUCUCAGAGACAGUGAUACUAUUUUUUUAUCCCCUUAUUUUAGGCACUAAACUAUCUCCAUAUAUACAGUUGAAGUAGGAAGUUUACAUAUACCUUAGCCAAAUACAUUUAAACUCCGUUUUUCACAAUUCCUGACAUAUAAUCCUAGUAAACAUUCCCUGUCUUAGGUCAGUUAGGAUCACCACCUUAUUUUAAGAAUGUGAAAUGUCAGAUUAAUAAUAGAGAGAAUGAUUUAUUUCAGCUUCUAUUUCUUUCAUCACAUUCCCAGUGGGUCGGAAGUUUACAUACACUCAAUUAGUAUCUGGUAGCAUUGCCUUUAAAUUGUUUAACUUGGGUCAAACAUUUCGGGUAGCCUUCCACAAGCUUCCCACAAUAAGUUGGGUGAAUUUUGGCCCAUUCCUCCUGACAGAGCUGGUGUAACUGAGUCAGGUUUGUAGGCCUCCUUGCUCGCACACGCUUUAUAAGUUCUGCUCACAAAUGUUCUGUGGAUUGUGGUCAGGGCUUUGUGAUAGCCACUCCAAUACCUUGACUUUGUUGUCUUUAAGCCAUUUUGCCACAACUUUUGCGACCAAGCUUUAACUUCCUGACUGAUGUCUUGAGAUGUUGCUUCAAUAUAUCCACAUAAUUUUCCUUCCUCAUGAUGCCAUCUAUUUUGUGAAGUGCACCAGUCCCUCCUGCAGCAAAGCACCCCCACAGCAUGAUGCUGCCACCCCCGUGCUUCACGGUUGGGAUGGUUUUCUUCGGCUUGCAAGCAACCCCCUUUUUCCUCCAAACAUAACGAUCGAUGGUCAUUAUGGCCAAACAGUUCUAUUUUUGUUUCAUCAGACCAGAGGACAUUUCUUUAAAAAGUACGAUCUUUGUCCCCAUGUGCAGUUGCAAACCGUAGUCUGGCUUUUUUUAUGGCGGUUUUGGAGCAGUGGCUUCUUCCUUGCUGAGCGGCCUUUCAGGUUAUGUCGACAUAGGACUCGUCUUACUGUGGAUAUAGAUAUGUUUGUACCUGUUUCCUCCAGCAUCUUCACAAGGUCCUUUUCUGUUGUUCUGGGAUUGAUUUGCACUUUUCGCACCAAAGUACGUUCAUCUCUAGGAGACAGAACGCGUCUCCUUCCUGAGCAGUAUGACGGCUGCGUCGACCCAUGGUGUUUUUACUUGCGUACUAUUGUUUGUACAGAUGAACGUGGUACCUUCAGGCGUUUGGAAAUUGCUCCCAAGGAUGAACCAGACAUGUGGACGUCUACCAUGUUUUUUCUGAGGUCUUGGCUGAUUUCUUUUGAUUUUCCCAUUAUGUCAAGCAAAGAGGCACUGAGUUUGAAGGUAGGCCUUGAAAUACAUCCACAGGUACACCUCCAAUUGACUCAAAGCUUCUAAAGCCAUGACAUCAUUUCUGAAAAUGUCCAAGCUGUUUAAAGGCACAGUCAACUUAGUGUAUGUAAACUUCUGACCCACUGGAAUUGUGAUACAGUGAAUUAUAAAUGAAAUAAUCUGUCUGUAAAGAAUUGUUGGAAAAAUUACUUGUGUCAUGCACAAAGUAGAUGUCCUAACUGUCUUGCCAAAACUAUAGUUUGUUAACAAGAAAUGUGUGGAGUGGUUUUAAUGACUCCAACCUAACUGUAUGUAAACUUCUGACUUCAACUGUACUUCCAUUCAUUUUUUAAACUGUUACCGGGACCUUCAGAUGAGUCUUGUGAGGCUCGUGGAACAGUAUCACGUUCAUGAGAGGCUCCGCUUUCAAUAGAGUGGUCAUACUACUUUGUAGGCCAAACCCGGACCUGAAUUUUGAGAUGUCUCAUGGUCUGACAAAGAUUGCUCUAGCUUGGCCACCUUUCACCGGAGAUUUGGAAGGGCGAUAUCGGCGGAUGCGGUAGAUGAGAUUUAGCCCCCCCAAAAAAUCUCUACUUACAGAUUUUGAUUAGGAUUUAAAAAAUGUUUUUAUUAGAUUUCUGCAGGGGCGCAACCAUUGUAGGCCAAGGGUUAAUUAGAUAUUAUCAUAAUGUUAGGCUACUCCCUUAUGACAUGUUUGACCAACAGGGUUUGAAUGGUGUGUGUGUGUGUGUGUGUGUGUGUGUGUGUUUGUGUGUGUGUGUGUGCGUGAAUGCAAGUGCGUGCAAGGCAAUCGCAUGCGUCGUGUGUGUGUGUGUGUCUCCUGGAGGUUUACAGCAUGCUAAAGGCCUGACAUGAACCAGAGUUGUACAAUAGUAGUAGGAUAUUAUUUUCAUGUACAAUGUGUUGUUUAGUGAGUUAAUAAAAAAAGAGUCUAUUGACACACCCCUGUGUCAAUCUAAGUAACAUAAUUUAAAAAAUCCCCAUCUUCUCAGUCCACCGCAUUCGCCUAUGUCAGCCUUCCACAUCUGCAGUGGAAAGUAGCCAAGCUACAGCUAUGGUUGUCAGACCAUGAGACAACCCGAAAAUCUGUCUUCUCACGAAAACGUCUGUAGCUUCCGAACGGUUUGGGCUACACACUAAUAUACCACUCUAUGGAAAUAUGAGAUUCUCACAAACACGAUGUUGUUCUCCGUUUUGCUCUACUACCCCCACAAGUGUCACGGGACCUGUCUGAAGGUAACCUGGUACCGGUUUAAAAAAUGGAAGUAUGGAUGUCAUUUUGUGUCAACAAAUUUGUCUUAUGUCGCCUAGAUAUAGGACAGACACAAAACCUUAUUCCUUAUAAUACAUUUUUGGACUGUCUGUUUUGCCAUUUAUGCCUGUGUUAUUCAAUGCGUUUCUAUGGGCUAAAGUAAAGGCCAAAUUCAAUAUUUUUGAUAUAUACCUACAGGGGUCCUACAUUUCUAAAUCAAAUAACUAAAUGAUCCAUGGUAUGACUAUCUUAAAACAAUUCUGUAUGUUAGCUUAGUAGAACCCACUAUAUCCCAUGUCAUGGCAAGGGAAACUGUUUGAGAAUUGUUGUGUGUGUGUGUGUGUGUGUGUGUACUUAUGCGUGUGUGUGCUUUCGGAAAGUUAACACCUCUGGAAUGCCCCCUGCAGAGCCUGGACUUCAGGGUUGGACGUGUGUUUAUUGGAGCGUUUUGGCAGGAAGAGCCGGCCAGAAUAACGGAACAAAACUGGAAUGUGGAAUGUAGGGAAUAUCCCGAGUCAAAGACAAGGCAUUUUGGGGGGUUUUGGGGAGGAAAGCAAAGGGCAGAUGUGUUCAAGCUGUGUUUUCCAUCAGUUAAAUGACACAAAUGCCAACUUUGUAGUAAGGUACCUACCCCCUAUGAGUCGUUAGGAGAACCCUGGAACAUCACAAAAUGGUCAGGACGUUGUGUCAUGGUCCCCUGGAGGUUUUGUCUAGUUCCUGGUUGGUCCCAGAGACAUCACCUUAUGGUCACAAAGAAACGUCCCCCCACCCCAAUUUCAUUACACAUUACCUCUUGCAACUGUUGCCAAGCCCAUCAAGGCCCUGAUUGGUGAACCACUGAGCCAUUAAAUUGUUUUAACCUUUAUUUUAACAGGGAAGACAUUCCCAGCUCUUUGUCUUUUGACAAUGCUAGGGAAAUAGUUUUUUUUACAUAUUUGAGACACAUUGACAAACAUGAUUACAGUCUUUACCUGGGAUUUGAACUCACAACCUCUUGGUUCACAGCAUUCCGACUGUCACGUCUCCUCCCGUUGCUCCCCUCCGGUGCUCUGAUUCGCCGGUCUACUGAGCCACCACCUCUGCAACACAGGAAUGGAAACCUAACGCACCCUAAUCACCUCCAGCGCACCUGCAUCUCAUCACCACCCCUUUAUAGCCCUGGACUGUUCAGUCAUUGUUGUGUGUAAUUGUUAGUGUCGUGUCGUUUACUCGCUCCUUGUUAUUCUCUUUCUCAUUGUUAAGUAAACCUUUACCUUGUUGAUUCCUGCGUCUGCGUCCUGCCUCUUCGUAUCCUCAGUACUCGUCACACCGACCUUCCUGCUACGCCACCGUGUCUAUAUCAAUGACUGAUUUCACCUGUAGGCCCAUUCCUACACUUUGCACUUCAAGGAAAAUAUCAGCUCUGUUAAAUACACUUAAGAAAAACAGAACAAUAUGCCCCACUAACAUUAAACAACUAUACUGAAAACCCAAACUCAUGUUGCUGAAAUAAGUAAAUGCAAUCAAUAAAAGAAGAGUCAGAUUAACUAAAAUUGCAGUGCAGAUGGCACUAUUUUGCUAAGCGCAGAUAUGUUUUAUACCUAAUGAAUGUGUAAGGGACUUUUGAAAUUCUACAGACAGAUCAGCAUUCCCCUAAAUCCAGAGGUUGUUCAAAUCCCAGUUGGGGUCAUAUUAAAAAGACAGUACUAAGUGAUCAUGUCAGAUGUAAUCAUAUUGUCAUUGAUUUAUGGGGCGGCAGGUAGCUUAGUGGUUAAGAGCGUUGUGCCAGUAACCGAAAGGUCGCUGGUUCUAAUCCCCAAGCCGACUAAGUUAAAAAUCUGUCGAUGUGCCCUUGAGCAAGGCACUUAACCUUAAUUGCUCUUGUAAGUCGCUCUGGAUAAGAGCGUCUGCUAAAUGACUAAAAUGAUUUAAGUUUUUACACUAAUUUAGCUGAACAGCGUAAAACUUACCUUAAAACCCCCAUUCCAUUUAGUUACUUUACUUAUAAUGGUUUGGGAUACAUGGGACCAUCACGUGACAAAAACCUCCAGGGGACCAUGACACAAUGUCCUACAAACGUUUUCGGGGCAAACUGGGAACAAGAAAAAAACCAGGGGACCAUGAAACAACUUCCCAAGAACGUCCUAAAAAUUGUGAUGGUUCCCUUGGGACCAUCACAAACCGGGAACUAGACAAAGCCUCCAAGGGGCCAUGACUCAACGUCCCAAGAACAUCCUAAAAACGUCCUCUGGAAAACUGGGAACUAGAAAAAGGUCCCUCAGAGAACAUUCCCUUGCGACCAUCACACAACAUCCUAAGGACUAGUAAAAUGAAAGUCCUGAUAACAUCUUAAAAAGGUCCUAGACAAAGGUCCUGUAGAGGAUUCUUUGCACAGUUCUGAUAUUCUCUCAUUCUUAAACAAACCUUAAGCUUUAGAAAAUGACACAGACGACUUCUGAGUAUAUACAGUCCCUUGCAAAAGUAUUCACCCCCCCUAGGCUUCUUUCCUAUUUUGUUGUCUUACAACCUGUAAUUUAAAUGGAUUUUUAUAUGGACCCCAUCAGUGUGGAUGUUGGAUCACCACCUCAAGCUGAACCUCGGCAAGACAGAGCUGCUCUUCCUCCCUUGGAAGGACUGCCCGCUCCAUGAUCUCGCCAUCAUGGUGGACAACUCCAUUGUGUCCUCCUCCCAGAGUGCAAAGAACCUUGGACAACACCCUGUUGUUCUCCGCUAACAUCAAAGCGGUGACCCGAUCCUGCAGGUUCAUGCUCUACAACAUUCGCAGAGUACGACCCUCCCUUACACUUGUCAUCUCCCAUCUGGAUUACUGCAACUCGCUGUUGGCUGGGCUCCCUGCCUGUGCCAUUAAACCCCUACAACUUAUCCAGAAUGCUGCAGCCCGUCUGGUGUUCAACCUUCCCAAGUUCUCUCAUGUAACCCCGCUCCUCCGCACACUCCACUGGCUUCCAGUUGAGGCUCGCAUCUACUACAAGACCAUGGUGCUUGCCUACGGAGCUCUGUGGGGAACGGCACCUUCUUACCUUCAGGCUCUGAUCAGACCAUACACCCAAACAAGGGCAGUACGUUCAUCCACCUCUGGACUGCUAGCCCCCCUACCUCUACGGAAGCACAGUUCCCGCUCAGCCCAGUCAAAGCUAUUCGCUGCUCUGGCACCCCAAUGGUGGAACAAGCUCCCCUACGAUGCCAGGACAGCGGAUUCACUGACCCCUUCCGGAGACACUUGAAACACUACCACUUUAAGGAAUAUCUGGACUAGUAUAAAAGUAAUCCUUCUAUCCCCCCCACUCCCCCACCCCCCCCAUAAAAAAAAGUGGUUGUCCCACUGGCUAUCAUAAGUUGAAUGCACCAAUUUGUAAGUCGCUCUGGAUAAGAGCAUCUGCUAAAUGACGUAAAUGUAAAUGUAAUGGACAUACACAAAAUAGUCCAAAUUGGUGAAGUGGAAUGAAAAAAAUUACUUAUUUCAAGAACUUAAAAAAAUAAAUAAAAAGGAAAAGUGGUGCGUGCAUAUGUAUCCACCCCCUUUGCUAUGAAGCCCCUAAAUAAGAACUGGUGCAACCAAUUACCUUCAGAAGUCACAUAAUUAGUUAAAGUCCACCUUGUGUGCAAUUAAGUGUCACAUGAUCUCAGUAUAUAUACACGUGUUCUGAAAGGCCCCAGAGUCUGCAACACCACUAAGCAAGGGGCACCACCAAGCAAGCGGCACCAUGAAGACCAAUGAGAUCUCCAAACAGGUCAAGGACAAAGUUGUGGAGAAGUACAGAUCAGGGUUGGGUUAUAAAAAAAAACUUUGAACAUCCCACGGAGCACCAGUGAAUCCAUUAUACAUUUUUUUUGAAAGAAUAUGGCACCACAACAAACCUGCCAAGAGAGGGCCGCCCACCAAAACUCACGGGCCAGGCAAGGAGGGCAUUAAUCAGAGAGGCAACAAAGAGACCAAAGAUAACUCUGAAGGAGCUGCAAAGCUCCACAGCGGAGAUUGGAGAAUCUGUCCAUAGAACCACUUUAAGCCGUACACUCCACAGAGCUGGGCUUUACGGAAGAGUGGCCAGAAAAAAGCCAUUGCUUAAAGAAAGAAAUAAGCAAACACGUUUGGUGUAUGCCAAAAGGCAAUGUUUGGCGCAAAACCAAAACCUCUUGUCACCCCGAGAACACCAUCCCCACAGUGAAGCAUGGUGGUGGCAGCAUCAUGCCGUGGGGAUGUUUUUCAUCGGCAGAGACUGGGAAACUGGUCAGAAUUGAAGGAAUGAUGGAUGGCGCUAAAUACAGGGAAAUUCUUGAGGGAAACCUGUUUCAGUCUUCCAGAGAUUUGAGACUGGGACAGAGGUUCACCUUCCAGCAGGACAAUGACCCUAAGCAUAAUGCUAAUGCAACACUCGAGUGGUUUAAGGGGAAACAUUUAAAUGUCUUGGAAUGGCCUAGUCAAAGCCCAGACCUCAAUCCAAUUGAGAAUCUGUGGUAUGACUUAAAGAUUGCUGUACACCAGCAGAACCCAUCCAACUUAAGGGAUGUAGCUCAGUUGGUAGAGCAUGGCGUUUGCAACGCCAGGGUUGUGGGUUCGAUUCCCACGGGGGGCCAGUAUGAAAAAUAAAAUAAAAAUAAUGUAUGCACUCACUAACUGUAAGUCGCUCUGGAUAAGAGCGUCUGCUAAAUGACAAAAAAUGUAAAUGUAAAUGUAAAACUUGAAGGAGCUGGAGCAGUUUUGCCUUGAAGAAGGGGGGGGGGGGUAUUUGUAUUUGUUUUUAUUAUGGAUCCCCAUUAGUCCGGCCGCCCCUGCUCUGCCAAGGCAGCAGCUACUCUUCCUGGGGUCCUGCAAAAUUAAGGCAGUUAUAUAUUUUAAACAUUACAAUACAUUCACAACAGAUUUCACAACAUAUUAAGUGCGUGCCCUUAGUAUUGAUUGCUCUGUGAUGUACUACUCUGACCUGGCGUACCUUCAAGUCAGCAGCGUGAGUUUCGCCUCCUCAGUCUUUUUUGAUUCUACUGAGGAGAGGUAUCGUUCACAUGUACGCAAAUGUAAAUAUGGUAAACAAGUCCAAACUUCAUGUACAUUUGAUAGAAUGUAUUCCAACAUUGUUGUGUUGCUAGCGAACCUUUUGUGACAAAAUAUUAUUCUGUUGAAAGAGUUCUACCGAGUGGUGCAAUGUUAGGCUAGCUAGCUACAGUACAUGCUAGCAGGCUGUCUGUAGCUUCCCUCAUGCAGACACUCGAUCACUUUACUUUUCCAUACGUUAGGUGUGCCCUGUGUGCAGCAUUGAGAAGCUCACCAUUAAUUUCAUUGCAUUUAUUUAAUCCAAUCCUGGUAUGUUGGUCUACAGUUAUAUUGUUAUGUCUACUGCAUUAAUAUGUGGCUAGUUUGUCACUAUUUAUAGUAUAGAAGGUGGUCUUUUGAAUGUAGAGCUUUUAUCUGAACUAUUUUAUUUUUCUACAUAUUGUAAGACUAUUAUUACUUUUGAGUAAUGGUACUACGUCAAUUAAAUAUUUGUAUCCAUUGAAUUAUCCAUUGAACGUACAGUAUCUCAGUCUGUUUUGAUUCUACUGAGGAGAGAUGUGCACUGUGUGCAGCAUUACUUUCAUUGCAUUUAUUUAAUCCUAUUCAGAUAAAUAAAAGACCAGAAACCAGCAACUAAUGUCCAGAGUCCUGUUCCGACACCAACACAACAAAACACAAUGCAGAAAAGUAGCCAGACUGGCUACUCUAGGUGUCACACCCUAAUCUGUUUCACCUGUCUUUGUGAUUGUCUCCACCCCCCUCCAGGUGUCGCCCAUCUUCCCCAUUAUCCCCAUUGUAUUUAUACCUUUGUUCUUUGUUUGUUUUGUUUUGUCAAGCCUACCAGCGUUUUUCCCCUUGCUCCUGUCUUUCUCAAGUUCCUGUUUUCUAGUUUUCCCAGUUUUGACCAUUCUGCCUGCCCUGACCCUGAGCCUGCCUGCCGUUCUGUACCUUUUGGACUCUGAUCUGGAUUACUGACCUCUGCCUGCCCUUGACCUGUCGUUUGCCUGCCCCAUGUUUUUGGAAUAAACUUCUGUUACUUCGACACUGUCUGCAUCUGGUCUUCUCCUGAAACGCGGUAGUAUGAACUGGCCAUGACUGACCCAGCAGACUCGGACCAGCUCCGCAACGACAUCUCCUCCCAAGGAGCCACCAUUGGAAGGCACGAGGAGUUUCUUCGUGGUCUCAUGGAAGGGUUCCAUACCUUGGCCGAACGCCAUGACCGAGCGUUUAACAGAUUGCUGGAGCAAUUCUGCGGGUUGUAUGUUAGGCAGCCUACCACGAGGGUAACCUCCCAGCCCCUCAGUAACCCGGCUGUUAGCAGCGCAGCCUCCCCAGCCACCCCGGUUUCCCGAGAACCCUGCUUACCUCCCUCGGAACGCUUCGCUGGAGAGUCGGGAACCUGCCGGGCAUUUCUCACUCAGUGUUCGCUCACCAUCAAGCUGCAGCCCUCCUCCUUCCCCUCGGACUGCUCUAAGAUAGCGUACCUCAUCACGCUGAUGUCCGGGAGGGCUCUCGCCUGGGCUACAGCAGUGUGGGAACAACAGUCGACCGUAUGCUUCAGUCUGGAGGUGUUCAUGCAGGAGUUAAAGAAGGUUUUCGAUGCUCCAUUGUCCGGGAGAGAGGCUUCCCGGAAGUUACUCCAGCUUCGGCAAGAAUCCCGCAGUGUGGCAGACUAUGCAGUGGAUUUCCACACGUUGGCAGCUGAGUGUGCCUGGAUCCCGGAAGCGCUGUUCGACACGUUCCUGCAUGGAGUAUCGGAGGAAGUAAAGGACGAGCUUGCAGACCGGGAACUACCAAUGGAUCUCGACUCGCUCAUCGCCUUGACCAUUCGGAUCGAUGGGCGACUACGGAAACUAAGGAAGGAGAGGAAGGAUUCCACCUCGCCUCCAAGGCAAUCUGGAAGUCCCCGACGGCUCCGUUGCCGAGAGAACCCGAGGCUACCCAAGUUCUCUCGAGAGUCUCCGAAGUCUGCAGAUCCACCUCUUCCCGAGCCGAUGCAACUAGGCAGAGCUAGGCUGUCUCCAGCCAAACGACAAUACAGGCUUCACACAAAGAGUUGCCUGUAUUGCGGGACUACUGGUCAUUUUGUGUCCACCUGUCCACUAAAAGCAGGCUCACCGGUAGGUGCGAGUACUCUGAUGGGCCAUACGGAUAACUUUUCCUCUCCCCUUACUCGCACUCCUUUUCAUGCCAUCUUGCUGUGGGGGAACCAGUCGAAAUCUCUCUGGGUACUCAUCGACUCUGGGGCCGAUGAGAGCUUUAUGGACACUACCCUGGCGUCCGAGCUGGGCAUCCCCACUCAACCCCUCUCCAUUCCCAUGGACGUUAGAGCGCUGGACGGGCGCUCUAUAGGCCGGGUCACCCACAAUACCACCCCCAUCAACCUACAAGUAUCAGGGAACCACAGCGAGACGAUCAAAUUCCUGCUAAUUAAGUCUCCUCAGGUUCCCUUGGUAUUGGGUUUCUCUUGGCUCCAGCGUCAUUGACUGGUCUACUGGUGCCAUCAUGGGCUGGAGCCCGUUCUGACACACUCAUUGCCUGAAGUCAGCACAGCCUGAGAUGGCCCAGCUCGUGGUGCAGCACGUCUUCCGGAUCCAUGGACUGCCAGUGAACAUGGCCUCGGACCGGGAUCCUCAGUUAUCAUCCCGGUUCUGGAAGGCGUUCUGCACACUCAUUGGGUCGUCGGCCAGCCUGUCCUCCGAUUUCCACCUUCAGUCCAACGGCCAGUCGGAGCGAGCCAAUCAAGACCUGGAGACAACUCUGUGCUGCCUGGUCUCCGCCAACCCUACCACCUGGAGCCAGCAACUAGUGUGGGUCGAAUACACCCGCAACACCCUUCCCUGCUCUGCCACGGGUCUUUUGCCCUUUGAAUGUUCCCUGGGUUAUCAGCUCAGAGGAAGAGGUCGGCAUACCCUCGGCCCAGAUAUAUUGGCCGCUGCUGUCAUCGUACCUGGAGGAGAGCCCGGUUGGCUCUUCUGAAGACCACCUCCAGGUAUCGAUGACAAGCGGACCGCCACCGGACCCCGGCUCCCUAGUAUCUUCGCGGGAAGAAGGUAUGGCUGUCCACCCAAGAUCUGCCCCUCCGGGUGGAGUCCCGGAAACUUUACCCCCGUCACUUUCCCAAUCUCCAAGUUCAUUAGCCCCUCUGCUUUUCAUCUUCUGUUGCCCCGUACCCUCCAUAUACAUCCCACUUUUCAUGUGUCUAGGAUCAAACCCAUGUCUCACAGCCCUUUGUUUCCUGUUUCCAGGCCCACCCCUCUCUCCCGUCUCAUCAACGUCCAACCGGCGUACAAGGUGAGUUGUCUCCUGAAGGUUCAACCCCGGGGCAGGGGAUUCCAGUACCUGGUUGACUGGGAGGGUUAUGGCCCAGAGGAGAGGUGCUGGGUCCCCACUAGGGACAUCCUGGACCCAGGCCUCAUUGCUGAGUUUCAACCCUGGCACCCCGGUCAACCAGGUAUGCGCCCAGGUAGGAUGUCAGGUGGCCAGUUCGUUUUGUUUCGUCAAGCCUACCAGCGUUUUUCCGCUUGCUCCUGUCUUUCUCAAGUUCCUGUUUUCUAGUUUUCCCGGUUUUGACAACUCUACCUGCCCUGACCCUGAGACUGCCUGCCGUUCUGUACCUUUUGGACUCUGAUCUGGAUUACUGACCUCUGCCUGCCCUUGAUCUGUCGUUUGCCUGCCCCCUGUUUUUGUAAUAAACUUUUUUACUUCGACACUGUCUGCAUCUGGGUCUUCUCCUGAAACGUGAUACUAGGUAGUCCUGUAUUGCCACAAUAUUCCAGUGUAUCGGCACCACAAAGAAAAAUCCUGCUCUUUAUGGUACAAGCAUGAAACUUGGGAAACGUGGUACAUACUAGACACCAUCAUCACCAUCGUCAUCACCUAUCAUUUUCACUCGGAGAGAGCCUGAAAUCUAGGUAAUUAUGUACCAGUCCCAGUUGUGUAGUUUUCUAAAACAAACUGGUCACUAAGUGAUCCUUAGAAAAUGUUGCUUAUCAAAUAUUAGAGAAGGUGAAAAUCAUAUUCACAUAAACAACUGAAAAUAUACAUGCUUAUCAAUUCCUAAACCAAAGGAGUGGAAGACAUUCUGCAAAACCUCUCACAAACCAAAUGAUUAAUUCAUUGAAAUGUUAGGUGGUUCAUCUCCUUCUCCCUCCACUUGCCAGCUGAUGUGAUGUCGGUGGUAGUGUGUUUGUGUGCUUAUGUGUUUGAGUCUUUCACUCUGUGUUUGUAUGUAUGUAUGCGUGUGUGUGAGAACAUUAAGUGUUGGUGCUUUCUCUCCAGGCGGUGUGCAUUAGGCCGAAUGCCACGCACCUUUGCCCACCACUCUCCUCCCACACCAUAGCGCCUGUACACAGAGGGCACAACACAAGCCCUAGCUGCAACCAGUCUGAUAAAGGCGAAUCUCAUUGAUGUUUGAGCUUGCUAGCUGUAGAGAGGCGUGAGGACCAGUGACGAGACAUCUCUGACAAUGCCUCUGUGUUAACUGUGUUAGCCUUGGAGUUAGCAUUGGGUUAGAAUUACUAAUGUAGUGCUGAAUUGUAAUGGGAGAGCAUGGAGUGCAGACUAUGGCUAUGUUAUUCAUGUUUUUGUGGUUCUAGUGUUCUCUCUCUUUCUCUCUCUCUCUCUCCCCUCGCUCUCUCUCUCUCUUUGUGUGUGUUUGUUCUGAUGCAUACUUAUUUUCCUUACUAUCAAAAGAACAGUUGUCUAACUCAAAACAGUUAUCUGCUGUUCAAGUGCCUUCAACCGAGAAAACCAUGUGCUUCCUUCAACUGAGAAAACCAUGUGCAGUUAAAAAAGUCAGGGACCCGAUUUGGAAUACAUUUCUGAAACAUGUUUAGAAUGUGUACCUUAACUUUCAACUUUAUACUCAUCCCCCCUCACCAAAUGAUAAAUCGUUGAUCUGUUUUUUGUGUCACACCAUAAUUAUUUUUUACCUGAAUACAAAUUUGAAUCAUCAACAGACCUGUAUCCACCUCACCCCACACAGCACUGCACAUUUCUUUACACCACAGACGGAAAAUUAAACAAAUGCCACUGUAAUACUGUACCUGCUUUCCACAAACAUUCCACCAGCUUUGUUUGACUUUUUUGUCAUCUUGAACAAGCUGUCGAACAGUACUGUAUGUGUAUUAUCUGGAUCAAGUGGCUUUAGAGGGAGGGGGAGAGGGGCUGCUCCCCACAUUCUCCCUCUGUUUCCCUCUCUCUUUCAAUGUGUACCCCUCUCUCUUUCUUUCUCAGCCCCCCACCUCUCUCUCUUUAUGUUCAGUCUCCCUCCCUCCUCCUCUUCCCUGAAAUGGCCAUGAGAGAGAGAGAGGUUACAUUCUUCCAAAUCCACAGGGGGAUCAAUAAGGAACAUCUGGGACAGACAGGGCGCCUUUUGUUUAGAGAGAGAGAGAGAGAGAGAUAGAUCCUGGCGCGACUAGCUCUUAGGAAACUUAGCAGUAUUUUUUUUAUUUGUAUGUAUUAUAUUUUAGAUUAUUAGCUCAGAAAGUGUUUUGCAUCAUUACAUACAGCCGGGAAAAACUAUUGGAUAUCAGAGCGGCGGUAACUCACCAGCAUUACGACCAGGAAUACGACUUUCCCGAAGCAGAUCUUUGUUUGCUCUCCCCAGGGCAACUGAACUGAUUCCAGUGGCUGACCCAAAACAUCACCGGCGGAGGAGAGGCACUCGGAGCACACCACCCACCGCUUCCAAGUAUUCUACUCGCUAAUGUUCAGUCUUUGGUUAACAAGGUCGACGAACUACGGGCAAGGAUUUCUUUCCAGAGAGACAUGAAGGCCUGUAACAUACUCUGUUUCAGGGAAACAUGGCUCUCUUGGGAUAUUCUGUCGGAAUCGGUCCAGCCAGUGCAGACAGGAAUAAAUACAGUGGGGAGAACAAGUAUUUGAUACACUGCCGAUUUUGCAGGUUUUCCUACUUACAAAGCAUGUAGAGGUCUGUCAUUUUUAUCAUAGGUACACUUCAACUGUGAGAGACAGAAUCUAAAACAAAAAUACAGAAAAUCACAUUGUAUGAUUUUUAAGUAAUUAAUUUGCAUUUUAUUGCAUGACAUAAGUAUUUGAUCACCUACCAACCAGUAAGAAUUCCGGCUCUCAUAGACCUGUUCGUUUUUCUGUAAGAAGCCCUCCUCUUCUCCACUCAUUAACUGUAUUAACUGCACCUGUUUGAACCAGUUACCUGUAUAAAAGACACCUGUCCACACACUCAAUCAAACAGACUCCAAACUCUCCACAAUGGCCAAGACCAGAGAUCUGUGUAAGGACAUCAGGGAUAAAAUUAUAGACCUGCACAAGGCUGGGAUGGGCUACAGGACAAUAGGCAAGCAGCUUGGUGAGAAGGCAACAACUGUUGGCGCAAUUAUUAGAAAAUGGAAGAAGUUCAAGAUGACGGUCAAUCACCCUCGGUCUAGGGCUCCAUGCAAGAUCACACCUCGUGGGGCAUCAAUGAUCAUGAGGAAGGUGAGAGAUCAGCCCAGAACUACAUGGCAGGACCUGGUCAAUGACCUGAAGAGAGCUGGGACCACAGUCUCAAAGAAAACCAUUAGUAACACACUACGCCAUCAUGGAUUAAAAUCCUGCAGUGCACGCAAGGUCCCCCUGCUCAAGCCAGCGCAUGUCCAGGCCCGUCUGAAGUUUGCCAAUGACCAUCUGGAUGAUCCAGAGGAGGAAUGGGAGAAGGUCAUGUGGUCUGAUGAGACAAAAAUAGAGCUUUUUGGUCUAAACUCCACUCGCCGUGUUUGGAGGAAGAAGAAGGAUGAGUACAACCCCAAGAACACCAUCCCAACCAUGAAGCAUGGAGGUGGAAACAUCAUUAUUUGGGGAUGCUUUUCUGCAAAAGGGACAGGAUGACUGCACCGUAUUGAGGGGAGGAUGGAUGGGGCCAUGUAUCGCGAGAUCUUGGCCAACAACUUCCUUCCCUCAGUAAGAGCAUUGAAAAUGGGUCGUGGCUGGGUCUUCCAGCAUGACAACGACCCGAAACACACAGCCAGGGCAACUAAGGAGUGGCUCCGUAAGAAGCAUCUCAAGGUCCUGGAUUGGCCUAGCCAGUCUCCAGACCUGAACCCAAUAGAAAAUCUUUGGAGGGAGCUGAAAGUCCGUAUUGCCCAGCGACAGCCCCGAAACCUGAAGGAUCUGGACAAGGUCUGUAUGGAGAAGUGGGCCAAAAUCCCUGCUGCGGUAUGUGCAAACCUGGUCAAGACCUACAGGAAACGUAUGAUCUCUGUAAUUGCAAACAAAGGUUUCUGUACCAAAUAUUAAGUUCUGCUUUUCUGAUGUAUCAAAUACUUAUGUCAUGCAAUAAAAAGCAAAUUAAUUACUUAAAAAUCAUACAAUGUGAUUUUCUGGACAUCUGUUUUAGAUUCCGUCUAAAGUGUACCUAUGAUGAAAAUUACAGACCUCUACAUGCUUUGUAAGUAGGAAAACUUGCAAAAUCGGCAGUGUAUCAAAUACUUGUUCUCCCCACUGUAUCUCUCCGGGAAGCAGAAGGGCAGAGGUGUGUGUUUCAUGAUUAACGACUCAUGGUGUAAUUGUAGUAACAUACAGGAACUCGAGUCCUUCUGUUCACCCGACCUAGAAUAUCUCACAAUCAAAUGCAGACCGUAUUAUCUCCCAAGAUAAUUUUCUUCGGUUAUAGUCACGGCCGUGUAUAUCCCCCCUCAAGCCGAUACCACGAUGGCCCUCAAAUAACUUCACUGGACCUUAUACAAACUGGAAACCACAUAUCCUGAGGCUGCAUUUAUUGUAGCCAGGGAUUUGAACAAAGCAAAUUUGAGGACUAGGCUGCCGAAGUUCUAUCAACAUAUCGACUGUUGUAAUCACACUGCUAAAAUCCUCGACCAUUGCUAUUUGAACUUCCGGGAUGGUUAUAAGGCCCUCUCCCGCCCUCCUUUCGGCAAAUCUGACCACGACUCCAUUUUGCUCCUCCCUUCCUAUAGGCAGAAACUCAAACAGGAAGUACCUGUGCUAAGGACUAUUCAAUGCUGGUCUGACCAAUCGGAAUCCAUGCUUCAAGAUUGUUUUGAUCACGCGGACUGGGAUAUGUUCCGGGUAGCUUCCGAAAAUAAUUUAGACGUAUACGCUGAAACGGUGACUGAGUUUAUCAGGAAGUGUAUAGGUGAUGUUGUGCCCACUGUGACUAUUAAAACCUACCCUAACCAGAAACUGUGGAUAGAUGGCAGCAUUGGCGCAAAUCUGAAAGCACGAAUCACCGCAUUCAACCAUGGCAAGGUGACUGGAAAUAUGGCAGAAUUCAAACAGUAUAGCUACUCACUCCGCAGGCAAUUAAACUGGCAAAACAUCGGUAUAGAGACAAAGUGGAGUCGCAAUUCAACGGCUCAGACACGAGACGUAUGUGUCAGGGUCUACAAACUAUCACGGACUACAAAAGGAAAAUCAGCCACGUCGCCGACACCGGCGUCUUGCUUCCGGACAAGCUAAACACCUUCUUCGCCCGCUUUGAGGAUAACACAGUGCCACCGACGAGGCCCACUACCAAGGACUGUGGCCUCUCCUUCUCCGUGGCCAAUGUGAUUAAGACAUUUAAGCAUGUUAACCCCCGCAAGGCUGCCGGCCCAGACGGCAUCCCUAGCCGCGUCCUCAGAGCAUGCGCAGACCAGCUGGCUGGUGUGUUUAUGGACAUAUUAAAUCUCUCCCUUUCCCAGUCUGUUGUUCCCACAUGCUUCAAGAUGGCCACCAUUGUUCCUGUACCCAAGAAAGCAAAAGUAACUGAACUAAAUGACUAUCGCCCUGUAGCACUCACCUCUGUCAACAUGAAGUGCUUUGAGAGACUAGUCAAGGAUCAUAUCACCUCUACCUUACCUCUCACCCUAGACCCACAUCAAUUUGCUUACUGCCCCAAUAGAUCCACAGAGGAUGCAAUUGCCAUCACACUGCACACUGCCCUAUCCCAUCUGGGCAAGAGGAAUACCUAUGUAAGAAUGCUGUUCAUUGACUAUAGCUCAGCAUUCAACACCAUAGUACCCUCCAAGCUCAUCAUCAAGCUCGAGGCCCUGGGUCUGAACCCCGCCCUGUGCAACUGGGUCCUGGACUUCCUGACGGGCUGCCCCCAGGUGGUGAAGGUAGGAAACAACAUCUCCACUUCGCUGAUCCCAACACUGGGGCCCCACAAGGGUGCGUGCUCAGCCCCCUCCUGUACUCCCUGUUCACCCAUGACUGCGUGGCCAAUCACGCCUCCAACUCAAUCAUCAAGUUUGCAGAUGACACAACAGUAGUAGGCUUGAUUACCAACAAUGACGAGAUAUCCUACAGAGAGGAGGUGAGGGCUCUGGGAGUGUGGUGCCAGGAAAAUAACCUCUCACUCAACAUCAACAAAACAAAGGAGAUGAUCAUGGACUUCAGGAAACAGCAGAAGGUGCACCCCACUAUCCACAUCGACGGGACCGCAGUGGAGAAGGUGGAAAGCUUCAAGUUCCUUGGCGUACACAUCACCGACAAACUGAAAUGGUCCACCCACGCAGACAGUGUGGUGUAGUCCCCUGUAGCUCAGUUGGUAGAGUACGGCGCUUGCAACGCCAGGGUUGUGGGUUCGUUUCCCACGGGGGGCCAGUAUGAAAAUGUAUGCACUCACUAACUGUAAGUCACUCUGGAUAAGAGCGUCUGCUAAAUUACUAAAAUAAAAAUGUGAAGAAGGCGCAACAUAGCCUCUUCAACCUCAGGAGGCUGAAGAAAUUGGGCCUAGCACCUAAAACCCUCACAAACUUUUACAGAUGCACAAUUGAGAGCAUCCUGUCGGGCUGUAUCACCACCUGGGACGGCAACUGCACCACUCACAACAGCAGGGCUCUCCAGAGGGUGGUGAGGUCUGCCGAACGCAUUACCGGGGGCAAACUACCCGCCCUCCAGGACACCUACAGCACCCGAUGUCACAGGAAGGCCAAAAUUAUAAUCAAGGACAUCAACCACCCGAUCCACUGCCUGUUCACCCCGCUAUCAUCCAGAAGGCGAGGUCAGUACAGGUGCAUCAAAGCUGGGACCAAGACAAUGAAAAACAGCUUCUAUCUCAUGGCUAUCAGACUGUUAAAUAGCCAUCACUAGCACAUUAGAGGCUGCUGCUGCCUAUUGAAAUCACUGGCCACUUUAAGAAGUGGAACACUAGUCACUUUAAUAAUGUUUACAUAUCUUGCACUACUCAUCUCAUAUGUAUAUACUGCAUUAUAUUCUAUAAUAUUCUACUGUAUCUUAGUCCAUGCCGCUCUGUCAUUGCUUGUCCAUACAGUGAGGGAAAAAAGUAUUUGAUCCCCUGCUGAUUUUGUACGUUUGCCCACUGACAAAGAAAUGAUCAGUCUAUAUUUUUAAUGGUAGGUUUAUUUGAACAGUGAGAGACAGAAUAACAACAAAAAAAUCCAGAAAGGCGCAUGUCAAAAAUGUUAUAAAUUGAUUUGAAAUUGAAAUACUUAUUUUCCACCAUAAUUUGCAAAUAAAUUCAUAAAAAAUCCUACAAUGUGAUUUUCUGGAUUUUUUCCCCUCAAUUUGUCUGUCAUAGUUGACGUGUACCUAUGGUGAAAAUUACAGGCCUCUCUCAUCUUUUUAAGUGGGAGAACUUGCACAAUUGGUGGCUGACUAAAUACUUUUUCCCCCCACUGUAUACUAAAUAUAUUCACGUCACCAAAUAAUUGAUUAAAACACACUGUUUUGCAAUGAUGGUCUACAGUAGCCUCAACAGCACUCUGUAGGGUAGCACCAUAGUGUAGCCGGAGGACAGCAGCUUCCGUCCUCCUUUGGGUACAUUGACUUCAAUACAAAACCUAGGAGACUCAUGGUUCUCACCCCCUUCCAUAGACUUACACAUUAAUUAUGACAACUUCCGGAGGACGUCCUCCAACCUAUCAGAGCUCUUGCAGCAUGAACUGAUUUGUUGUCCACCCAAUCAAAGGAUAAGAUAAUUAAUCUAUUAUUGAAAGCAUACUACAGCUAGCUAGCACUGCAGCGCAUAGCAUGUGUUGAGUAGUUGACUCAAAGAGAGUGAAGACAAUAGUUUAACAGUUUUGAACAAAUUAAUUUAUUCAAAAAUGAAGGAGAAGCAAGAGAGAGAGAGAGAGAGAGAGAGAGUGAGCUAUUUCAUAAAAAAAAAAAAAAAACUUUCACUCACUCACAUUCACUUAGCUAGCAAAUGCAGCUAACUAGUUUAGCCUACUCAAACACCCGGCUCAAACAGAUGGAUGCUAUGUUAGCUAGCUGGUUAUCACUAUCCAACACAACACUGGUACUCUUCCAAAUCAAGGUAAGCUUUUGGUAUUGCUAAAUUAUUGCCACCGGGGCCCACCGGUGUAAUUGCUAAACUGCUUACACUGUACACUGUACUGCAUAAUUGUAAUGGGUUUACUAACGUGUUAGUUCUAUUAGCUAUGUUGACUAUGAUGUUACUUUAGCUAAUAUGGUGACAAUGAUGUAGGCUGUGUGUAGUGGUUAUGAUAUGGUUUGGAAAGUUUUUUUUCGCCUUGUCACAUACAGCUGAUGUGUUGUGCAUUGAAGUCCACAAGCGAAGGGAAAAGGUGAGAGGAGGAGGGCGUGUAGAUGUGAGUAGAAAUACAAUGUGGCUGCUAUGAAAGUGAACUGUGUUUACGUUUGAUCAGGGGUGUAUUCAUUCCACCGAUUCUGUUGAAAACGUUUCUUAGAUAGAAGCAAAUGGAACGAAACGGGGGAUAAACAUCCCUGAAUUUGUCCAAUAGAAACUCUCGAUUGCAACUGUUCAACUAAUGAUUACACCCUAGAUCAGCCAAAUGCAGGCAAUAGUGUGCAAUGUGGUAUUGAAUGUGUCACCAUCUGUCCAUUUGUCACAGUCUGUCACCUAAAACAUGUAUCUUGGCCUGUGUGCACCUACGUGGUAGACUUUCAUUCAUAGGCUAUGUUGUAGCAACCUCAUUAUGGGUAUAGGGAAAAUUGAAGUAUCAUGUAGUAGCCUAAACCUAUCGAUGUUACAUUGAAUUGGGUGAAUGUAAUAUGAAUGACAGUCAUCCAAUAUGCAGUAAGAGAAAUAAGGCCAUGCUCCUAAAAAAAUAAUUGUCCUCCCUCAUCUUAAACGGCACCGACCGCCACUGGAUUUCACCCAAUGGGACAAACACCCCAUUGAAAGACUGCAUGCAGAGUUCUGUAAGAUUCUCAUACAUGUCCAGAGGAAAACUACAAACAAGGCAUGCAGGACAGAAUUAGGCCAAUAUCCACUAAUAAUAAAAUAAAAUAAAAUUGUAUUGGUCACAUACACAUGAUAAAACAUGAUUGGAAACAUCUAAAAUACAGUAACCCUCUCUCAUAUCAAGAGUCCCCUCAUCCAGCUGGUCCUGGGGCUGAGUCCACAAAUCUGUCCUACACACACCUGAAACCUCAGGACCAGAACAUCCAAUCAAUCAGAAUAAACUAAAUUACAACACAGUCAAAACAAAACGACAUUACCUAUUGGGAAACACAAGCACAAAGCAAAAUGCGGUGCUAUCUGGCCCUAAAUCGACAGUACACCAUGGAAAACUAUUUGACCAUGGUUACUGAUCAAAACCUUAGAAAAACCUUGACAAAGUAUAGACUCAGUGAGCACAGCCUUGCCAUUGAGAAGGGUAGACACAGGAAAACCGGGCUCCAUGUAGAGGAAAGGCUGUGUAACCACUGCACCACAGCAGAACCCGAGACAGAGAUGCAGUUCUGUAAUCGGUGAAGGAAUCAGGUUCGACCUUCAUGUUGAUAGUAAAUUCAUUACCAAACAGGUUCCUUACAUCAAUCAAUCACAUGUAUUUCAUAAAGCCCUUUUUACUUCAACCAUUAGCAAUGGGAAGCACUGACUGUUGACAUGUAUUUUGGUGUUGAGCUAAGGAAACUCAGUGCCACUUUACGUUGUGACAAACAAAUUAUAUUUAUCUAGUAAUCCCAUAGGCAUGUUCAGUAUAACUACAGUGUAAGAGCAGUACAUGUCAAGGGCUGAUGUAAUGUGGUGUGGGAGUCAGGCGCAGGACACCGAAGCUUAGUCCAACAGACUUUACUAGUGAAACACUAGACAAAAUACAAUAAACGGCCUCAACACAAAACAGAGGCGAGCGAUUACGCAAACUGUGCGUAAACAACGAAAACAACAAACAUAGAGAAACACGCAGCACUAAUGGACAGGCGUAACAAUAACACACAAACUAACCAACACAAAGCAGGCAACUUAUAGGACACAUAAUCAGACACAAACGGACACAGGUGCAAUAGACAGACAAAACCAAUCUAACAUCGAAACAUCUAACGGUGGUAGCUAGUACUCCGGGGACGGCGAACGCCGAAGCCUGCCCGAGCAAGGAGGAGGAGCAGCCUCGGCAGAAUCCGUGACAGUACAUUUAGUUAGUACUUACAGUUCUUACAACUAUUUUACCGGUUUGCAGCUUCCAGAGCAUUUGUGCAUUGAUUCCUUCUGAUCGUUAUGGACACAAAUAUCUUACACAUUUUAUAACUUAUAAUAUCUUAUCAUCUGACAGUGUUGGUGGAGCAACAUAGUGGACUGUCACUGGGCAGUGGAUGGUUUUGAAGGGACUACAAAAUUAUUCUACUUUGAAUGACCAUAUCCAAUUGGUUGCUAUUGGUUACCCAGUGAAAUGAGUCAUGGCAACAGCGAUGGUGUGGUUUUUAGGGCCGAGAGAGUGUCACCCAUGGAGACCAAGAGUCUCUGAGAGCUCUGUCUCUCACUCUCUCAUAGCGUCCAUCAUUCAGUAAUGUUAAAAAGUACAGUAGUAGUAUACAUUGUUCUCUAUCCACAAAUGGCAUUUUAACCAUUUGCCCAUACCUGACACUAAACGUAAUCCUAACUUUAAUCCCAAUCCUUAACCUAGAGUAGAACAAAUAGGUGGACACCUGCUCGUCGAAAAUAUGGAGUUGGUCCCCCCUUUGCUGCUGCAACAGCCUCCACUCUUCUGGGAAGGCUUUCCACUAGAAUAUUGCUGAUGGGAUUUGCUUCCAUUCAGCCACAAGAGCAUUGGUGAGGUCGGGCACUGAUGUUGGGCGAUUAGCAAUAAGACAUAAGACUCCUGAACAACUAAUCAUGGCUACCCAGACUAUUUGCAUUGCCCCCCCAUACCACCCCACUCCAACCCCAUAUGUUAUGCUGCUGCUACUCUGUUUAUUAUUUAUGCAUAGUCACUUUAACUCUACCCACAUGUACAUAUGACCUCAAUUACCUCAACUAACCGGUGCCCCCGCACAUUGACUCUGUACCGGUACCCCCUGUAUAUAGCCUCCCUACUGUUAUUUUAUUUUACUCCUGCUCUUUAAUUAUUUGCUUUUAAUUUUAAUUUUUUCCUUAUCUAUUUUUUACUUAACACUUUAUUUGUAAUUUGUUUUUGUUUUUCUUAAAAUCUGCAUUGUUGUUUAAGGGCUUGUAAGUAAGCAUUUCACUGUAAGGUCUACACCUGUUGUAUUCGGCGCAUGUGGCAAAUAAAAUUUGAUUUGAUUUGACUCCAAUUCAUCCCAAAGGUGUUCGAUGGGGUUGAGGUCAGGGCUCAGCGCAGGCCAGUCAAGUUCUUCCACACCGAUCUCGACAAACCAUUUCUGUAUGGAUCUCGCUUUGUGCACUUGGGCAUUGUCAUGCUGAAACAGGAAAAGGGCCUUCCCCAAAGUGUUACCACUAAUUUGGAAGCACAGAAUCGUCUAGAAUGUCAUUGUAGGCUGUAGCGUUAAGAUUUCCCUUCACUGGAACUAAGGGGCCUAGCCCGAACCAUGAAAAACAGCACCAGACCAGUAUUACUCCUCCACCAAACUUUACAGUGGGCACUAUGUAUUGGGGCAGGUAGCAUUCUCCUGGCAUCUGCCAAACCCAGAUUCGUCCGUCAGACUGCCAGAUGGUGAAGCGGGAUUCAUCACUCCAUAGUGGUCCUCUGUAGCUCAGCUGGUAGAGCACGGCGCUUGUAACGCCAAGGUAGUGGGUUCGAUCCCCGGGACCACCCAUACACAAAAAUGUAUGCACGCAUGACUGUAAGUCGCUUUGGAUAAAAGCGUCUGCUAAAUGGCAUAUUAUAUUAUUAUUAUAGAACGUGUUUCCACUGCUCCAGAGUCCAAUGGCGGCCAGCUUUACACCACUCCAGCCGACGCUUGCCAUUGUGCAUGGUGAUCUUAGGCUUGUGUGCGGUUGCUCGGCCAUGGAAACGCAUUUUAUGAAGCUCCCGACGAACAGUUCUUCUGCUGACAUCGCUUCCAGAGGCAGUUUGGAAUUCGGUAGUGAGUGUUGCAACCGAAGCAGACGAUUUUACGCACUACAUGCUUCAGUACUCGGCGGUCCCGUUCUGUAAGCUUGUGUGGCCUACCACUUCUCGGCUGAGCCGUUGUUGCUCCUAGACAUUUCUACUUCACAAUAACAGCACUUACAGUUAAUCGGGGCAGCUCUAGCAGGGCAGAAAUUUGACAAAAUUUGACUUGUUGGAAAGGUGGAAUCCUAUGACGGUACCACGUUGAAAGUCACUGACCUCUUCAGUACGGGCCAUUCUUCUGCCAAUGUUUGUCUAUGGAGAUUGCAUGGCUGUGUGCUCGAUUUUAUACACCUGUCAGCAAUGGGUGAGGCUGAAAUAGCCAAAUCCACUCAUUUAAACAGGGUGUCCACAUACUUUCUCAAAAUCUCCACUUGUCUUUUCUGCAAUGGCCAUAUUAGUUACAAAUUACAUGGAGUUACACCAAGACCGUUUCAAUUCCAUGUUACUACGUCAAUUAUAAUUAGUCAAACGACAGACUUGGCAAAGAUUCCAUUUGCCUCAGGGAGAAAUUGCAUUAUUCUCAAUCAGUUGGGUGAGUCUAUCACAGUUCCAUCUCCAUGGAGAUAAAUGUAAUGGGGCUGUGGCUGGGCUGCAUAUGGGUAUGGAGGGGAGAGAGGGAAAAUAAAAGAGAGGAAAGAAGAGGCAGAGGGGAAGAGAGAGGAAAGGGACAGAUGGAAGGAUGAAGAGAAGAAGAGCAGGAGAGAUGGAUGGAGUGGGAGAGAGAGAGUAGUAGAGUAGGAGAGAGGGAGAGAGAUGGAGGGAGAGAGAUGGAGAGUUGGAGAGAGAGAUCGAUUGCUGGAGAGAGAGAGGGAGAGUUAAUAAGGCCAUUGACUGGCUUUACACCUCAUCUCUGUGGAAACUAAUUGGGAGAGAGCUGUAGGGCACUAAUCAGAGCACUCUGCCGGGUAGAUGUAGUACAACCAACUAUGAAGGGUAAAUCAAUGCACUACCUCUCUCUACACCUCAUUAUCUUUAUCUCUCGCGAUGUCUCUCUCUUUACCCCACUUUCUCCCUUCCUCCCUCUCUAACUCACAACACGUCUCCCUCUUUCUGUCUCUCCUCUGUCGCUCGCUCUACACCUCUCUUUCUUUCUCUCUUUCUCUACACCUCUCUCUUUCUCUCUCUCACACUACACCUCUCUUGCUCCCCCUUUCUUUUUAUCUCUCCCUAUUUCUCUGCCUGCUCUCCCUCCCUCUCUCUCUACACCUCUCUCUCUCUCUUACACAUCUCUCUCACUCUCUCUUGUUACCUUACUCCCUGACUCAUUCUUAUUUUCUAAUGAGUUGACUGAAGCUGAAGAUGCGGUUUGUGGAUGUGCGUAAAGGUAUGGACCUGUGCAGAUGUUACUGUAUAUACAAAAAUAAUAUAUGCAUGCAUUAAAGCUUGUUGAUCUCACCAAGUAGUUAUUUGGCAAACAUUAAACAUUAGACCAUAUGAAUUACUGAAAAUGUACAGUGCCUUCAGAAAGUAUUCACACCACUUGACCUUUUCCAAGUUUUGUUGUGUUACAGCCUGAAUUGAACCCAUAAGAGUCUAAACCCUCUCUAAGCUGGGGGAGGGUUCUAUUAAGCUAUAUGGAAUUGUUUUAAGAAGGUCAUACCAAGGAUCAUUUUUCUAUUUGAUUUUGAAUUUUAAGACCCCUUGAAGUAUCAAUUAAAAUAUAUAUAUAUGCAAAAGUCAAAAGAUUUAGAACACCUACUAAUUCAAGGGUUUUUCUUUAUUUUUACUAUUUUCUACAUUGUAGAAUAAUAAUGAAGACAUCAAAACUAUGAAAUAACACAUAUGGAAUCAUGUAGUAAUCAAAAAAGUGUUAAAAAAAUCAAAAUAUAUUUUAUAUUUGAGAUUCUUCAAAUAGUCACCAUUUGCCUUGAUGACAGCUUUGCACACUCUUGGCAUUCUCUCAACCAGCUUCACCUGGAAUGCUUUUCCAACAGUCUUGAAGGAGUUCCCACAUAUGCUGAGCACUUGUUGGCUGCUUUUCCUUCACACUGCGGUCCGACUCAUCCCAAACCAUCUCAAUUUGGUUGAGGUUGGGGGAUUGUGGAGGCCAGGUCAUCUGAUGCAGCACUCCAUCACUCUCCUUCUUGUUCAAAUAGCACUUACACAGCCUGUUGAAAAACAAAUGAUAGUCCCACUUAGCACAAACAGAUGGGAUGGCGUAUCGCCGCAGAAUGUUGUUGUUGUCACAACUUCCUCCGAUGCUGCCUCCUCUCCUUGUUCGGGCAGGCUUCGAUGUUCGUCGUCACCGGCCUUCUAGCCACUGCCGCUCCUCAUCUCAUCAUUCCAUUUGUUUUGUCUUGUUGAUUACACACACCUGGUUCAUAUCCCCUCAUCAGUACCUGUAAAGUGUUCCCUCUGUCCCCUUGUCUUUGUGUGUGAUUGUUUAUUGUGAGGAUAGUGAAGCUCGGUGGAGCUCCUUGUAUGGUUAUUUUCCCCAUGUGCCUUGUUGGUUCCAGUGCGCCUGUUUUGCGCACUUUACUGUUUUGACGCUUAACUGCAUACUCUGUACUCUGGAAUAAAUCAUUUUAUUCUGUGAUUUACCCAUCUUGCACCUGACUCCUUCAAAUCACCCAUCACAGUUGUAGCCAUGCUGGUUAAGUGUGUCUUGAAUUCUAAAUAAAUCACAGACAGUGUCACCAGCAAAGCACCCCCACACCAUAACACCUCCUCCUCCAUGCUUUACGGUGGAAAAUACACAUGCGGAGAUCAUCCGUUCACCCACACGCGUCUCACAAAGACACGGUGGUUGGAACCAAAAAUCUCCAAUUUGGACUCCAGACCAAAGGUCACAUUUCCACCGGUCUAAUGUCCAUUGCCAUUGUUUCUUGGCCCAAGCAAGUCUCUUCUUCUUAUUGGUGUCCUUUAGUAAUGGUUUCUUUGCAGCGAUUCGACCAUGAAGGCCUGAUUCACACAGUCUCCUCUGAACAGUUGAUGUUGAGAUGUGUCUGUUACUUGAACUCUGUGAAGCAUUCAUUUGGGCUGCAAUUUCUGAGGCUGGUAACUCUAAUGAACUUAUCCUCUGCAGCAGAGGUAACUCUGGGUCUUCCAUUCCUGUGGCGGUCCUCAUGAGAGCCAGUUUCACCAUAGCGCUUAAUGGUUUUUGCGACUACACUUGAAGAAACGUUCAAAGUUCUUGGAAUGUUCCGUAUUGACUGACCUUGAUGUCUUAAAGUAAUGAUGGAUUGUCGUUUCUCUUUGCUUAUUUGAGCUGUUCUUUACAUAAUAUGGACAUCAUCUUUUACCAAAUAAGGCUAUCUUCUGUAUACCCCCUCUAACUUGUCACAACAGAACUGAUUGGCUCAAAUGCAUUAAGAAGGAAAGAAAUUCCACAAAUUAACUUUUAAGAAGGCACACCUGUUAAUUGAAAUGCAUUCCAGGUGACUACCUCAUGAAGCUGGUUGAGAGAAUGCCAAGACUGUGUAAAGCUGUCAUCAAGGCAAAGGGUGGCUAUUUGAAGAAUUCAAAUAUAAAAUAUAUUUUGAUUUGUUUAACACAUUUUUGGUUACUACAUGAUUCCAUAUGUGUUAUUUCAUAGUUUUGAUGUCUUCACUAUUAUUCUACAAUGUAAAAAAUAGUAAAAAUAAAGAAAAACCCUUGAAUAUGAGUAGGUGUGUCCACACUUUUGAUUGGUAGUGUAUAUACUGUACAUAUUAAAAAUACAUGUAUUUUUGUCAAUUAGUAUAUUUGAGUUUAACCAUAACCAUUUGUUGUAUUAUUUGUUCUGUCUUUUCUGGUCUAUUCAACUGAAAUUUGAACAGAGUAUGCAGAAACGUUCUAUGGCUUGUUUUAAAAAUAGCGAUAUUUUGGAUAUGAUUUCAUUUUUCAAAUAACCGAAAGCGAGAGGUUGUAAUCUGAAUAAAGGGAAAAAGGCCAUUCUUGAGUAUGGGGUGAGAAAUUCUUACUAAUCUGCUAGAGAAAGUUCGGAUUUAAGUAUAACUUUUGUACACUUUUGUGGUUACUACAUGAUUCCAUAUGUGUUAUUUCAUAGUUUCGAUGUCUUCACUAUUAUUCUACAAUGUAGAAAAUAGUAAAAAUAAGAAAAACCCUUGAAUGAGUAGGUGUUCUAAAACUUUGUUCUAAUAAACUGUUUUUAGCGUAAACAAACAAAUUGAAUAACUGAUUCACUACAUGGAACAACAGACAGUACCACCCCCCCCCCCCCCCCCCCCCCCCCCCCCCCCCCCCCCCAAAAAAAGGAAGUUUGUUCUGAAGUGGCUGUCCUAUAUCUGAGAGAUAUACAGUGGGGGAAAAAAAGUAUUUAGUCAGCCACCAAUUGUGCAAGUUCUCCCACUUAAAAAGAUGAGAGAGGCCUGUAAUUUUCAUCAUAGGUACACGUCAACUAUGACAGACAGAUUGAGGAAAAAAAAUCCAGAAAAUCACAUUGUAGGAUUUUUAAUGAAUUUAUUUGCAAAUUAUGGUGGAAAAUAAGUAUUUGGUCACCUACAAACAAGAAAGAUUUCUGGCUCUCACAGACCUGUAACUUCUUCUUUAAGAGGCUCCUCUGUCCUCCACUCGUUACCUGUAUUAAUGGCACCUGUUUGAACUUGUUAUCAGUAUAAAAGACACCUGUCCACAACCUCAAACAGUCACACUCCAAACUCCACUAUGGCCAAGACCAAAGAGCUGUCAAAGGACACCAGAAACAAAAUUGUAGACCUGCACCAGGCUGGGAAGACUGAACCUGCAAUAGGUAAGCAGCUUGGUUUGAAGAAAUCAACUUUGGGAGCAAUUAUUAGGAAAUGGAAGACAUACAAGACCACUGAUAAUCUCCCUCGAUCUGGGGCUCCACGCAAGAUCUCACCCCGUGGGGUCAAAAUGAUCACAAGAACGGUGAGCAAAAAUCCCAAACCACACAGGGGGACCUAGUGAAUGACCUGCAGAGAGCUGGGACCAAAGUAACAAAGCCUACCAUCAGUAACACACUACGCCGCCAGGGACUCAAAUCCUGCAGUGCAAGACGUGUCCCCCUGCUUAAGCCAGUACAUGUCCAGGCCCGUCUGAAGUUUGCUAGAGUGCAUUUGGAUGAUCCAGAAGAGGAUUGGGAGAAUGUCAUAUGAAACCAAAAUAUAACUUUUUGGUAAAAACUCAACUCGUCGUGUUUGGAGGACAAAGAAUUCUGAGUUGCAUCCAAAGAACACCAUACCUACUGUGAAGCAUGGGGGUGGAAACAUCAUGCUUUGGGGCUGUUUUUCUGCAAAUGGACCAGGACGACUGAUCCGUGUAAAGGAAAAAAUGAAUGGGGCCAUGUAUCGUGAGAUUUUGAGUGAAAACCUCCUUCCAUCAGCAAGGGCAUUGAAGAUGAAACGUGGCUGGGUCUUUCAGCAUGACAAUGAUCCCAAACACACCGCCCGGGCAACGAAGGAGUGGCUUCGUAAGAAGCAUUUCAAGGUCCUGGAGUGGCCUAGCCAGUCUCCAGAUUUCAACCCCAUAGAAAAUCUUUGGAGGGAGUUGAAAGUCCGUGUUGCCCAGCGACAGCCCCAAAACAUCACUGCUCUAGAGGAGAUCUGCAUGGAGGAAUGGGCCAAAAUACCAGCAACAGUGUGUGAAAACCUUGUGAAGACUUACAGAAAACGUUUGACCUGUGUCAUUGCCAACAAAGGGUAUAUAACAAAGUAUUGAGAAACUUUUGUUAUUGACCAAAUACUUAUUUUCCACCAUAAUUUGCAAAUAAAUUCAUUAAAAAUCCUACAAUGUGAUUUUCUGGAUUUUUUUUUCUCAUUUUGUCUGUCAUAGUUGACGUGUACUAUGAUGAAAAUUACAGGCCUCUCUCAUCUUUUUAAGUGGGAGAACUUGCACAAUUGGUGGCUGACUAAAUACUUUUUUUCCCCACUGUAAGAGAGAUCAGGAAACAUUAUUGUUAUUAUUAUUAUUAUUAUUAUUAUUAUUAUUAUUAUUAUUAUUAUUAUAUAUAUAUUUUUACAUGUAUUUAACCCCUUAUUUUUGGCACUAAACAGUCUCUAUAUACUGUAUAGUUAGGCCUGUGGGUGCCCAAACUGUUCGGACGCUACAGACAGAAGUUGGCAGAUCGGCUGUACCAAUUUCAGACGAGUCCCAAGAUAAAUGUGGGGGUCGUAGAGCAAAAUAGUGAGCGUCAUCUUUCCAUAGAGGGUUCAUAAUUGUUUGUAGGCCAAACCGUUCGGACGCUACAGACGAUGUUGUGAGAAGACCGAUUUUCGGGAUGUCCAAUACAACACAUUACUGAGUACUACUCAUAUUUUCAAGCAUAGUGGUGUCUGUUCCAUUCCGUUUAUCUUCUUCUGUAAAUAGCCUAAAAUAAAAGCUUUGACUAUCAAUUAUCUGAUCAUUCAGCAAGUUGAUCAUUUCAAGAUUUCCUUGUCUAGCUAAGAUUCUUGAAUCCUUGGUAAAUGUACAACUUAGCUCUUUUUCAUCUGAGAAAUAUAUUUUGAAUGCAAACCAAUCAGGGUUUAGGGCUGGGCAUAGCACUAUUACAGCAACCACUUUAGUUGUUAAUGAUCUUGUCAAUGCUUUAGACACUAAAAUGAAAUGUGCUGCUUUUUUUGUGGACCUGUCAAAAGCUUUUGAUACUGUUGAUCAUGCUAUUUUAUUGAAUAAGUUGUCCUCGAUAGGCCUGAGCUCUGACGCCUGUUCAUGGUUUCAUGGUUAUCUUAGUGACAGAACUCAGGCCAUUGUGAUUAAUGGGGUUAAGUCCGAAUUUCUUGAAGUACAUAAAGGUGUUCCGCAGGGGUCGAUACUAGGACCUGUUCUUUCCACUAUUUCAAAAAACAUACGACUAAGCUUGUUCAGAAACUAAGAUUUAAAGUGGGCAUUUUUUUACAGAAACAGAUCUUGUCUCUCUCUAGUCAGCAGGACGCAGAUUGUGCAGUCAACCUUUCUACCUGUUCUUGAUUAUGAUGAUACUAUUCAUCAAACUGCAGCUGCUGUUACGCUUAAACCCUUGGAUGCCACUUUUCAUAGCGACCUUUGUUUUAUCACAGGAGACAGUUGUAUAAUUCAUCACUGUAUUCUUUACCAAAAGGUUUACUGGACCUCUGAAGUCACGUAGAUCACAUCAUCACGCUCUUUUUGUUUACCUAACAUCACUGUUAAAAUGACAAGUUAUCAAACCCGUUCACAGGGUUGGUUAACUGUAGAGACUCCUUUGGUGUCUAGAGAGUUAGGUAAAUCAGUCUUUAAUUUCCUUGUGUGGAAUGAUCUACAAUACACUUUAAAAUUGGAGGGAUUGGGGCCACUAGGGCAUUUCAGAUGGUUGUUAGGGGACCUUUUUACUGAAGAAUGUGUCUGUUUUUUAUGAUUGUGUUUUGCUUUUUGUGUAUUAAAUAUUAGAUUUAUAUUUUUUUAAACAGGGAGUCACCAUUGAGACCAGAGUCUCUUUCACAAGGGAGCCCUGCAUAUACAAUUUCAUAAGACAAGUAAAAUGCAGCACAAAAAUAUUCAAGAAAAACAAUUACAUUCCUCAAUAAGAAGGUCCCAAAUCAAUAUUUUAAAUUGCCAGAGCGGCACCAGAACAUCCAAUUGUAAUGUAUGUUGUAGUUGCUUCUAGCAAUGAGUUGCUUUAAAACUAUAAUAAUAUUUACCUAGUUCGGUGGAGACCCGGGGAAACUUAUGAGUUAACCAACAUUCUGAAUGGGUUUGGUAUCUCAUGUUUUUAUAUUUUAACUGUGAAGUUAGGUAUGUCGGAAGCUUGUGUAGUAGAGCUUUGUAAACAAAAAGGAAAUAGUGAAGUGAUCUACGGGACUUUAAUGAGGAAUAAGAGGGAACACAGGUGUGAGUGGGAUACAGAGAAUAAAAUGGUCAGUGGUGAACCCUAAGAUGAAACCAGUCCCUCUGGUUGCACUACCGCUACGGUAGACCAUACUCCAAUGGUGAUUUUAAACACAAAAUCUGAGCAGCCACUGUGGCCAUGGCCUAUGUGAUGGGAGAAGUAUGAUGGCAUGGAGCAAUCAACACAGACACACCUCAAUUUUCUUUCUUCACCAUAGCACCUAGAUGAAGGCUAGCUUUACUAAUCAAAAAUCAUAUUUGGGCUUCCUUCAUUAUCCUCUUACUCACUCAAGUGUGUGUGUGAGUGAGUGUGUGGAUGGGUGGGUGUGAACGUGUGUAUGUGUGUGUGUUAACAUGCAUGUGUGUGUGUAUUAUUAAGUGUCUGUGUGUCUUUAGCCCCAUUUAUACCUGGCAUUAACAUGCAUCCUUUGUCCUGAUCUUGUCCAUGUUCUGAUUUGUGUCUACACACAAUAUUAAAAUGUAUCUCUUAUCCGGCAUUGUGACUACAUAUCCUGGUUCCUCCCUGUAUGCAAGUUAUUUGACAGGUAUUCUUUCUAACUAAUAUUUAUUUAUUUUAAGACACAUAUUGAUGCCAUGUCAAUGGUGCUACCUGUCAAUGAUUUUAGAGUGCAGAAUAAUGAUGAUUUAAACGGUUUCACUGUCCAGAUCCAUCUACAAUUGUAAGAUAUCCAGACACAAUGUGUGCCUGACUACCUCUAGAGGUUGUCAGGAAAAUCUAAUUACAAUUGGAUCAAAAUGCGUCUUUUAAUCAUUUACACCUGUCUAAAAGUAUGGGUACAAUCAGAAUUUAGACAAGAUUAGGACAAAGGAUUCAUGUUAGCACCAGGUAUAAACAGGGCUUUUAUGUUCACAACUAUCCUUGUGAGUACCAGAGGUCCUCACACGGAGAGUAAAACAAGGGAAAUUCGGACGAGUGGGGACAUUUUGCCAUUCCCCAGGAGGAAAAAUGCUUUUUUAAGAUUAGGGGUUAGAUUUAGAAUUAAGGUUAGGAGUUAGGAUUAGGUAUAGUGUUGGGGUUUGGGGUUAAAGUUAGGCUUAGGGUUAUGGUUAGGUUAAGGGUUAAGGUUAGGGUUAGAUCUAGGGUUAGGGGUUAGGGAAAAUAGGAUCUUGGAUGGGAAUGAAUGAUUUGGUCCCCACAAGGAUAGGAAUACAAAACUGUGUGUGUGUGUGAGCUCUCUAACAGGGUGGCAUUAUAUUCGGUGGAGGAAAAGAAAGCAGUCUGUAUGCUUGCCUCCUGUGGCAAGGCCAUGUGUGGCUGAGCAGGGAGCCAGAGUCUUAGUGGGAAUUAUCCCUCCCCCGGGCCCAGGGAUAGUACAGAAUUUUUAGCCUUACAGUGGGGGAAAAAAGUAUUUAGUCAGCCACCAAUUGUGCAAGUUCUCCCACUUAAAAAGAGGAGGGAGGCCUGUAAUUUUCAUCAUAGGUACACGUCAACUAUGACAGACAAAAUGAGAAAAAAAAUUCCAGAAAAUCACAUUGUAGGAUUUUUAAUGGAUUUAUUUGCAAAUUAUGGUGGAAAAUAACAAAAGUUUCUCAAUACUUUGUUAUAUACCCUUUGUUGGCAAUGACACAGGUCAAACGUUUUCUGUAAGUCUUCACAAGGUUUUCACACACUGUUGCUGGUAUUUUGGCCCAUUCCUCCAUGCAGAUCUCCUCUAGAGCAGUGAUGUUUUGGGGCUGUCGCUGGGCAACACAGACUUUCAACACCCUCCAAAGAUUUUCUAUGGGGUUGAGAUCUGGAGACUGACUAGGCCACUCCAGGACCUUGAAAUGCUUCUUACGAAGCCACUCCUUCGUUGCCCGGGCGGUGUGUUUGGGAUCAUUGUCAUGCUGAAAGACCCAGCCACGUUUCAUCUUCAAUGCCCUUGCUGAUGGAAGGAGGUUUUCACUCAAAAUCUCACGAUACAUGGCCCAUUCAUUCUUUCUUUUACACGGAUCAGUCGUCCUGGUCCCUUUGCAGAAAAACAGCCCCAAAGCAUGAUGUUUCCACCCCCAUGCUUCACAGUAGGUAUGGUGUUCUUUGGAUGCAACUCAGCAUUCUUUGUCCUCCAAACACGACGAGUUGAGUCUUUACCAAAAAGUUAUAUUUUGGUUUCAUCUGACCAUAUGACAUUCUCCCAAUCCUCUUCUGGAUCAUCCAAAUGCACUCUAGCAAACUUCAGACGGGCCUGGACAUGUACUGGCUUAAGCAGGGGGACACGUCUGGCACUGCAGGAUUUGAGUCCCUGGCGGCGUAGUGUGUUACUGAUGGUAGGCUUUGUUACUUUGGUCCCAGCUCUCUGCAGGUCAUUCACUAGGUCCCCCCGUGUGGUUCUGGGAUUUUUGCUCACCGUUCUUGUGAUCAUUUUGACCCCACGGGGUGAGAUCUUGCGUGGAGCCCCAGAUCGAGGGAGAUUAUCAGUGGUCUUGUAUGUCUUCCAUUUCCUAAUAAUUGCUCCCACAGAUGAUUUCUUCAAACCAAGCUGCUUACCUAUUGCAGAUUCAGUCUUCCCAGCCUGGUGCAGGUCUACAAUUUAGUUUCUGGUGUCCUUUGACAGCUCUUUGGUCUUGGCCAUAGUGGAGUUUGGAGUGUGACUGUUUGAGGUUGUGGACAGGUGUAUUUUAUACUGAUAACAAGUUCAAAGAGGUGCCAUUAAUAUAGGUAACGAGUGGAGGACAGAGGAGCCUCUUAAAGAAGAAGUUACAGGUCUGUGAGAGCCAGAAAUCUUGCUUGUUUGUAGGUGACCAAAUACUUAUUUUCCACCAUAAUUUGCAAAUAAAUUCAUUAAAAAUCCUACAAUGUGAUUUUCUGGAGAGAAAAAAAAUCUCAUUUUGUCUGUCAUAGUUGACGUGUACCUAUGAUGAAAAUUACAGGCCUCUCUCAUCUUUUUAAGUGGGAGAACAUGCACAAUUGGUGGCUGACUAAAUACUUUUUUUCCCCACUGUACAUAAGAAAAGCAGCAAGACAAGACAAAAAAAUACAAAGAUUGAGUGUUAUGAGGGUGGAGGAGGACAAUCACAGUUGUGUUUCUGUGUCUCUGCAUGCGUGUGUGAAUGAGUGAGAGAGCGAUAGAUACAGUGGGGAGAACAAGUAUUUGAUACGCUGCCGAUUUUGCAGGUUUUCCUACUUACAAAGCAUGUAGAGGUCUGUAAUUUUUAUCAUAGGUACACUUCAACUGUGAGAGACGGAAUCUAAAACAAAAAUCCAGAAAAUCACAUUGUAUGAUUUUUAAGUAAUUCAUUUGUUUUUUAUUGCAUGACAUAAGUAUUUGAUACAUCAGAAAAGCAGAACUUAAUAUUUGGUACAGAAACCUUUGUUUGCAAUUACAGAGAUCAUACAUUUCCUGUAGGUCUUGACCAGGUUUGCACACACUGCAGCAGGGUUUUUGGCCCACUCAUCCAUACAGACCUUCUCCAGAUCCUUCAGGUUUCGGGGCUGUCACUGGGCAAUACGGACUUUCAGCUCCCUCCAAAGAUUUUCUAUUGGGUUCAGGUCCGGAGACUGGCUAGGCCAUUCCAGGACCUUGAGAUGCUUCUUACGGAGCCACUCCUUAGUUGCCCUGGCUGUGUGUUUCGGAUCGUUGUCAUGCUGGAAGACCCAGCCACGACCCAUCUUCAAUGCUCUUACUGAGGGAAGGAGGUUGUUGGCCAAAUCUCGCGAUACAUGGCCCCAUCCAUCCUCUCCUCAAUACGGUGCAGUCAUCCUGUCCCCUUUGCAGAAAAGCAUCCCCAAAGAAUGAUGUUUCCACCUCCAUGAUUCAUGGUUGGGAUGGUGUUCUUGGGGUUGUAGUCAUCCUUCUUCUUCCUCCAAACACGGCGAGUUGAGUUUAGACCAAAACACUCUAUUUUUGUCUCAUCAGACCACAUGACCUUCUCCCAUUCCUCCUCUGGAUCAUCCAGAUGGUCAUUGGCAAACUUCAGACAGGCCUGGACAUGCGCUGGCUUGAGCAGUGUGACCUUGCGUGCGCUGUAGGAUUUUAAUCCAUGACGGCGUAGUGUGUUACUAAUGGUUUUCUUUGAAACUGUGGUCCCAGGUCUCUUCAGGUCAUUGACCAGGUCAUGCCGUGUAGUUCUGGGCUGAUCCCUCACCUUCCUCAUGAUCAUUGAUGCCCCACGAGGUGAAAUCUUGCAUGGAGCCCCAGACUGAGGGUGAUUGACCGUCAUCUUGAACUUCCAUUUUCUAAUAAUUGCGCCAACAGUUGUUGCCUUCUCACCAAGCUGCUUGCCUAUUGUCCUGUAGCCCAUCCCAGCCUUGUGCAGGUCUACAAUUUUAUCCCUGAUGUCCUUACACAGCUCUCUGGUCUUGGCCAUUGUGGAGAGGUUGGAGUCUGUUUGAUUGAGUGUGUGGACAGGUGUCUUUAAUACAGGUAACGAGUUCAAACAGGUGCAGUUAAUACAGGUAAUGAGUGGAGAACAGGAGGGCUUCUUAAAGAAAAACUAACAGGUCUGUGAGAGCCGGAAUUAUUACUGGUUGGUAGGUGAUCAAAUACUUAUGUCAUGCAAUAAAAUGCAAAUUAAUUACCUAAAAAUCAUACAAUGUGAUUUUCUGGAUUUUUGUUUUAGAUUCCGUCUCUCACAGUUGAAGUGUACCUAUGAUAACAAUUACAGACCUCUACAUGAUUUGUAUGUAGGAAAACCUGCAAAAUCGGCAGUGUAUGAAAUACUUGUUCUCCCCACUGUAGAUAACGACAGACAGACAGACAGACAGACAGACAGACAGACAGACAGACAGACAGACAGACAGACAGACAGACAGACAGACAGACAGACAGACAGACAGACAGAUAGAUAGAAUGUGUGUGUGUGUGUUUGUCUGCAUGUGUGUGCAUGUGCAUUUUUAGCUCUGUGGACAUGCAUGCGGUACGUGUUCCCCCUACUUUUCAUCAUGGCACAGCUGAUCUGCUCUGUUGAGCAGCCCCAUAUGCCUCCCCCCUCUCUUUCACACACACACACACACACACACACACACACACACACACACACAUACACACACGCACAAGCCCUGCCUCAUUGCUUGACUGUUCCCUUGGGAAAUAGCUGUGGAUUAGUUAUUCAAUUAGGGAGGUAUUAUUGGCCUCACCCUCAGAGGACGGAGUUGAUGAUGCUGUGAUUACUCUGCUCUGCAUUCCGCUAUGGCCCCAACACUGUGUUUGUGUGUGUAUUAGUGUGUGUAGUAAUGUGUUUGCUGAGGGUGAUGUUUGUGUUGUGUGAUUAGAGAGAGUAAAAGAGAGAGAGUGUGUGUGAUUGUGAGUUUGUGUGUGUGCGUGCAUUUCUGCACCAUCGAGAGCAUAUUGACUGGUUGCAUCACCCCUUAGUAUGGCAAAAACACCAACCUCAACCACAAAGCGCUACAGAGGGUGGUGCGGACGGCCCAGUACAUCACUGCCAUCCAGGACCUCUAUAUCAGGCGGUGUCAGAGGAAGGCCUGAAAAAUUGCCAAAGACUUCUGCCACCAAAGCCAUAGACUGUUUACUCUGCUAUCAUCUGGCAAACGGUACCCGAGCACCGGCUCUCGGACAAACAGGCUCCAAGACAGCAGUAAUAUGGCUUUGGGGUAGAAGCUAAAUAGCCAUAAGAAUGCAAAAUAGUUCAUUAAAUGGUUACACGGACUAUCUGCAUUGCACUGACUAUACACACUCACAAGACUAUAUAUACGCACUAUAUACACACUCACUCACUCCACUGACACUCGUAAGCAAGCAUUUCAAGGUAAAGUCUACACCUCUUGUAUUCGGCGCAUGUGACAAAUAAUGCGUGAGAGAGAGAGAGAGAGAGAGAGAGAGAGAGAGAGAGAGAGAGAGAGAGAGAGAGAGAGAGAGAGAGAGAGAGAGAGAGAGAGAGAGAGAGAGAGAGAGAGAGAGAGAGAGAGAGAGAGAGAGAGAGAGAGAGAGAGAGAGAGAGAGAGAGAGAGAGAGAGAGCGUCUGCACAUGUGUGAGAGACAGAGUAUGUGUGUGCAUGUUUGUGUGCAUCCUUGUAUGUGUGUGUGGCUGCAAAUAAUGGAUGGAGGGAGAGAAUGAGUAGAGGGGAAUGAGUGACAUGGAGAAGGGGUGAAAAAUGGGUGUCUAUCAGAAAUCCCUGAGUGGUUUUAAAUGAACCUCCUACAGACUCUCUCUCACACACUCACACAGCCUUGCUCUGAUCUGUUGUGUGUAGAUAUUUUAACCCAGUAGAGUGUGAAUCAGAGUCAAAGAGUCAGCUCAGAUAACCCUCCAGUAACACAAUCACUCAGUUAAGCACUGAAACAUGCUGUACUGUACCGUCCACUGUACUGUAUACUGCACUGGAGUGUUUACCAUAUUGUGCAUAGCGUUAAAAGGGCAAUCUGCAGUUCAAACCACAACUUUUUCCAAAAUCAAUAGUAUACACUACAUGACCAAAAGUUUGUGAACACCUGCUUGUCGAACAUCUCAUUCCAAAAUCAUGGGCAUUAAUAUAAAGUUCGUCCCCCCUUUGCUGCUAUAACAGCCUCCACUCUUCUGGGAAGGCUUUCCACUAGAUGUUGGAACAUUGCUGCGGGGACUCGCUUCCAUUCAGCCACAAGAGCAUUAGUGAGGAUGGGCACUGAUGUUGGGUGGUUAGGCCUGGCUCGCAGUCGACGUUCCAAUUCAUACCAAAGGUGUUCAAUGGGGUUGAGGUCAGGGCUCUGUGCAGGCCAGUCAAGUUCUUCCACACCGAUUUCGAACAAACCAUUUCUGUAUGGACCUCGCUAAUGCACACGCGAGCACACACACACACACACACACACACACACACACACACACACACAGAGAGAGAGGCUGACCACUCAUACAGCAGUCUCACUCACAGAGGUAGGAGAGGUACUCUGACUAAUCAGACUACAUGGAGAGCCUCUGUGACUCGCACCUUCUUUUUUACUCAUCUCUUCAUCUUUAUCUGUAUCUGUCUGUUCAUCUUCUCUAUCUGCCACUGGAGAAAGACAGAGAGAGACUGGUGGGUUGUGAUAAAUGUGUUGUACAAAAAAAGUACAUUUUCAGCAUAAUUGGUUCAAUUAAAGUACAGAUGUAAGAAUGAAUAAAUAGGGAUAGGUCAUGUACACCUUCACAGGGCACAAGCAAAUUCACCCCGUGUUUGCACACAUGCACCCCAUCACCCACCCCAACUCCCCUACACAGACUUGCUCUCUGUGGGCUGUUGAGGUGGUGUGUGGAUGAGCUCCACUGUUUAAACUCCUGUCGUAGAGGGGUCUGGCCCUAUCUGCCCAGCGCAGCCCCACAGAUGCCCUCCUGUGUGGGGAGAGGAGAGAGGGGAGCAAGACACCCAGCCUGGAGCCUCAUCAGCUCUGUCCAGGAUACAAAUAGGUCAGUGAGGGAGAGGAGGGGCAGUGGCACACACACACACACUAGACACAGACGGCAGGAGACCCUGACAGCUGAGUUCCUCCGUCGGCCAUGAUGGGAAGGGCCAUCUGGUGUCAAUGUGGGGAAGUCAAGCACACAGACACACACACACACACACACACACACACACACACACACACACACACACACACACACACACACACACACACACACACACACACACACACUGUUUCAGGAAGGCCAGGGCCAGCACCUGAAAAGCCUGUCACAGACCUGUCAGACACUCACUGUCUGCUAACGUCCCAUCCUCCUCUUUGACACACCGUGUCAGAAUACCCAUACUUGUGUCCUAAAUAGUAGGCCAUUUGAGUAUGCGAAAAAAAUCAUGUUUUAUAAUAUGUGACAUUUCGAAAAAACUAGUAUACUUUAAAUGCCCGGAUGUCAUACUAAUUUCGGCUUUGACUUCAGCUCAUAAUCAGAUAUGAGGAUGCGCUACCAAAAUGAACGAAUAGAGGGAAACAACGUCAUCGCGAAUGACUCAUUCUCAGUAUAAGAAAAUUAAAAAUGUUAUAGUACAUGGAUUUCUGAAAAUUGAGUAUGCUUUAAAUUCCAGGAUUUUAUACUCAUUUAGGCUUUUCAUCUACUACAAUUGUAAAUGUAAUUCGGUACACAUUUUUCUGAAAUUUCACAGCCACAAUGCAUUGAAAGAGGGGAGGCUGCAAGUUUUGAGAGCUAGAUCUCUUCAAGUAAACAACUUAGAAGAUGGCGAAAAGCGAAGCUUUUGCGGUGGUGUGAAAAAUAUGUCGUUUUUGUUCUCCUUAAAAUUAUCAUUACUAUUUUGUCAUACAUCUUUAUAAACAAAUUUGCAACCUGCUACCUGACGUGCCUUGGCUAGCUACAGUUGAAGUCAGAAGUUUACAUACACUUACGCUGGAGUCAUUAAAACUUGUUUUUCAACCACUUCACAAAUUUCCUGUUAAUAAACUAGAGUUUUGGCAAGUCGGUUAGGACAUCUACUUUGUGCAUGACACAAGUAAUUUUUCAAACAAUUGUUUACAGACAGAUUAUUUCACUUAUAAUUCACUGUAUCACAAUUCAAGUGGGUCAGAAGUUUACAUACACUAAGUUGACAGUGCCUUUAAACAGCUUGGGAAAUUCCAGAAAAUGAUGUCAUGGCUUUAGAAGCUUCUGAAAGGCUAAUUGACAUAAUUUUUGUCAAUUGGAGGUGUAUCUGUGGAUGUAUUUCAAGGCCUACCUUCAAACUCAGUGCCUCUUUGCUUGACAUCAUGGGAAAAUCAAAAGAAAUCAGCCAAGACCUCAGAAAAUAUAUUGUAGACCUCCACAAGUCUGGUUCAUCUUUGGGAGCAAUUUCCAAACGCCUGAAGGUACCACGUUCAUCUGUACAAACAAUAAUACGCAAAUAUAAACACAAUGGGACCACGCCGCCGUCAUACCGCUCAGGAAGGAUAUGCGUUCUGUCUCCUAGAGAUGAACUUACUUUGGUGCGAAAACCUUAUGAAGAUGCUCUAGGAAACAGGUACAAAAGUAUCUAUAUCCACAGUCAAAUGAGUCCUAUAUCGACAUAACCUGAAAGGCUGCUCACAAGGAAGAAGCCACUGCUCCAAAACUGCCAUGAAAAAGCCAGACUACGGUUUGCAACUGCACAUGGGGACAAAGAUCGUACUUUUUGGAGAAAUGUCCUCUGGUCUGAUGAAACAAAAAUGGAACUGUUUGACCAUAAUGACCAUCGGUAUGUUUGGAGGAAAAAGGGGAAUGGCUUGCAAGCCGAAGAACACCAUCCCAACCGUGAAGCACGGGGGUGGCAGCAUCAUGCUGUGGGGGUGCUUUGCUGCAGGAGGGAUUGGUGCACUUCACAAAAUAGAUGGCAUCAUGAGGAAGGACAAUUAUGUGGAUAUAUUGAAGCAACAUCUCUAGACAUCAGUCAGGAAGUUAAAGCUUGGUCACAAAUGGGUCUUCCAAAUGGACAAUGACCCCAAGCAUACUAUCAAAAUUGUGGCAAAAUGGCUUAAGGACAACAAAGUCAAGGUAAUGGAGUGGCCAUCACAAAGCCCUGACCUCAAUCCUAUAGAAAAUGUGUGGGCAGAACUGAGUUUAAAUGUAUUUGGCUAAGGUGAAUGUAAACUUCCGACUUCAACUGUAUAUAUAUAUAUAUAUUUACCCAAAAAAUAUAUGGGGGAUUGGAAAUGAUGCAGACAAUUAAAUUGAUGGAAGCUACUAUCUAUCUGUAAUAUUAAAGCUGAUCUACCCCCUAAAAUCAAAAAUACAUCCAUAGCACCUACAGUACAAUAAAACAUAUGAAAAUGCAUAGCUCUUUGUAAACUCUUGAAACAAUCUGUUCAUUAAAAUGUAAUUCACACAGUAACAUACAUUUUCUCAACUAAAGUUUUAAUCAGUCUUCACACCUCUCCUGGCAUCAGUGACCCCAGGACUUCCGUGGGAACAUAUCUUCCUCGAGAUUGACAGAUAAGGUGUGUUUGAUCCCUGUGAUAGCCCCCAGAUUGUCUAUCAUUCAAACAAUGCCAUAAAUCGUGAAUGAGUCAUCAUGCUGGGCCUGAGUGCCAGCAUGUCGCUAGACGUAUCUUCGUCACUGGCCUUCAUCAUCGUUCACAUUUGUUCAUUCUAUUUUCAAUUACAGUUGGGUAGGGAAAAGUUUUUCACUGUCUGUAAACAUUCACACCCUCACCGUGGCUAGCUCUGGGAGCAUGAUAUUGAAGGCUUUUCAGCCUUGAAAUGUGGCAAUGUAGAACUAAUUUCUAAAUAUGUCUUUCUUUUAGUAAAGAAGAUGUGGAUGAGUCAGAGUAACCAAACACCUUCACAGCAGCUGUUGUACCCCCACCGCUCUCCCUCCUCAAGCGAACACCUCAUCUGCUCCUCCACAAUCAAACACAUCCUCUUCUCCUGUUCAACCCAGCACCUUCCUGCUCCUCUUCAACCCAGCACCUCCACAACACCAGCAAGGAGAAGGUCUGCCUCACCUUCUCAGAGGUCCCAUUCU